CCGCACACUGAUGACGUCGCUCAACGCGUCACCGGCAGACUGAGCAGUGGUCCACCGAUGAUGACGCGAUUCUCCCGACGCAUCUCGGUUGAAGUCGUUGGAUGCUGGAGCUAUCUUGGUCUCGUGAAGUGGCAUGUUCACCCCGCGUGUCCCCCAUGCGAUCAGGGCCCCCCGCCGGUAAGUAGUCCCCCCUCCUCUCCCCCUGCAACUAUAAGCGGCAGCCAUGUUCCAUAAGUUGUGAAUAAACUAAUACAAACUGUAAUGCUCACACUUUAACCAAUGGGGAAAAUACAAUAACAUGGGCCACACAGCCUGCCACCUUACUGCUGUCUGUACCAGGCACAAAGGGAGGUUUGCACUGCAGCUGGGAAGUCUUGGCUGUAUUUCUGUAUUACUUAAGACAGUGUGCUGUCUGAGACCAUAAAUGUAAACACAGAACCUGCUUGUAAGCACUUCUGGUGAUGACUUACAAAAGAUAAACACACCCAGACUGGCCAAGCUUCGUGGAGAAUGCAGCAGAGAAAACAAAUACUUCUGUGAGCACAAUACUGGUUUAUUCUUGUCAACAAUGGCACUUUCCUGGAUACUUUUUACAGCAGUGCUUCAGUAACCAUAGCCAAUGCUAGAUCUAGGUGGCACAGAGUAGGUAGCAUGCACAUCAUAACAUUAUGCAAACAGAACUAACUAUGACAUUUGUAGUGAACAGCCACUAUCAUAUGGAGAUCUGUGAAUAGAAUGCAUCAGAAGAAUUCUUAUUAAAGUAGGGAAUCAGUCUGGAAAUGCUGUAUUGUCUCUGUGUUAUUUGGGUCGAUCAACUGCUGAUUUUGUUAAGAUCAAAUCGUGCUUGUGCGGUUUAAAAAUAGACUCCUGUUUUAAACAAAAAUGUGCAUUCACCACAUUUUAUAUGAACCCCAAAGCAUAUGGAGUAUGAUGCUUGGACUGAGAAUCAAAACAAAUGACUGCAAGUGCAAAACAGAGCCAAGUAGCAGAAUGUUGUUACAACAGAAAUAAACCCUGAAAUAUCACAGUACUUGAACCACCGUUGGAACCAAUUACAGCCUCAAUUAUUUUAGAGGAUGAUGGAACAAGCUUUUCAUUCCUGGAUUUGUGUAGUUUCUGUGUUCAGCUCUGUAGAUCCUCUCAAGCUUCGUCAGGUUGGAUGUGGCCAUUUGUGAACAGAGAUUUUCAAUUGGACUCAAGACUGGGCUCUGGUUUGGCCACUCAAGGACAUGCACAUAGUUGUCCCUGUGCUACUCUGAGUUCUGAGUUCCAGACUACUCUGGAUUAGGUUUUCAGUAAAGGGAAAUUCCACUGCACAAAUACAGAAUAAAUAAAAAUCUUUGUUUAGUAGAUAUAGCCCCAACAAAAACAUGCUUGCAUUUAAUUAUGCAUUUCUUCAUUGGAUGUGUAUCUAAAUAUGGCUUGCAAAACAUACAUUGCCCAGUCUUUCUAUGGCUGUCCAAUCACACACUUCCCAAUGCAGCUCAGUGAGAAGUAUUUGCAGGUCAGGUGCUCUGGGCAAUUGCUGCCUCUUGAGUUUAGCUCCACUGAGCUAAACAAACCAAGAAGUAACAGGACCAUAUGCCUAAUUGACAGCCAUGGGUGUGUAGCAAGGUGAAUUUAUAAAAGUGCCAAUUUCUAUUGAAAUCUGCACUUUUUGCAAAAUGGCAAGAGAGGACACACACAUCAUUUCAGCAAGCUAAAGUGUUUUAAGGGUUUGGAGUGUUUCUUUAAUGAUAUUUCCAUAUUUUGCUGUGUUCAGCUUUCCCUCAAGUGUGACCAGUCUCACACUUCCUGCAGCCGAAAAACACCCACAAAACGUGAUGCUACCACCUCCACCUUUCACCUUAGGAUGAUAUUGUACAGGUGGUGAGCGAUGCCUGGUUUCCUCCAGACAGAACGCUUUCAUGGUUAUUCACUAAAGUGAGAAUUCAAAGUGAAUUUAAAAUUUAAGGCAAAAAAAGUCAAACAGGAAAAAGUCUUUGUCAGCUGUGCAUUGAAUUUGGCUACAUUGGCCUUAGAUUUGAAUGAGAAACCCUAUUUGUUUUUGAUACCAAAUAGAUUAAUCUUUGUUUUAUCAGACCAGAGAAUCUUGUUCUCACAGCCUGAGAGUCCUUUAGGUCAGGGCUCGACUAAUCCCAGGUCGCCAUGGCGACAAGGAUUUUAGCUGUAACCUCCCUUGCGCGUCCUCCAGUGAUACCGGGAGCCGGAAUAUGACGUUAUUCUGGCCCCGGUUUCACUAAGCGGCGCUCUAUGGAGCAGAGCAGGGAGAUGACUGAAGCCCCACUGGACCCAAGGGAAAGCCAAAUUACUCCAGCUCCAGGUAGGGACGCUGGGUGGCCGCCUUAAUGUGUGUUGUUAUUGCAGUGACAGUGAAUGUGUGUGUGAGUGUGUGUUUAGGUGACUGGUCUCCCUUCAAUUACACGUGUAAAAGGUUUACUCACCUUUUUACCCCCACGCUGUGCUGGUCUCGCCGCAGCUUGCCCUGUCUCCAUGACUGCGAUCAUCAAUCUUUAUAAUCUCAGCCAAUCCAAUGCUUUCCCAUAGGAAAGCAUUGGGAGGCAAUUGCACGUGUGGCAAAACUUCAUGCUGCGCCAAUUGAAUGAAUGCAUCUCGAUGGGGAACAUUCAGCCCCUCCAUGCAGAGCGUGGAGAUGCUAAACUUAGGUGCUGCAUACUGUGCAGCACUGACCCAGGAGACUGUCUAGAGGCCGUCUGUGACUUUCACUAGAAGUGUUACUAGGCAACAAUGUAAAUACUGCCUUUUCUUUGAAAAGGCAGGGUUUACAUUGAAAAGUGUGGAGGGACAGGUUAAGCUGUAGUGGUUCUGGUGACUAUAGUGUCCCUUUAAGAAUUGUAUUUUUGACAUUGAAAAACCUGGCUCCUAACCUUUUUUGCUCCUAUGUUCAAAGAAAAUUUGUCAAACCCUACUUUAGGUGUGUUUUUUUUUUUUUUUUUAAUUACAAGUAGGCUUUCAUAUGUCUUGCAGUAAGGAGAUGAUUUCUGUUUGACCAGUGUGCAAUAAAGACCAGAUUGAUGGAGUGUUGCAGUUAUGAUUGUAGUUCCACAAGACUCUACUGUCUUCACACAUGAUUUCUGGAGUUCACCCAGAGUGAUCAUUGGGUUCUUAGUAACAUCUCCUAAAAAGGAUUUCUCAGAAAGAGUCCUGGUCGUUCCAAUCUUCUUCAAUUUAAAUGGACAGUAUAGGCACCUAGACCACUUCAGCUCAUUGAAGUGGUCUGGGUGCAGUGACUCAGUCCCCUUAGCACUGAGAUAGAAGACACUUUAGUGGCUGUUUGAGUGAUUGAUACUAGAGGUGUUACUAGACAGCAAUGUAAACUCUGCCUUUUCUCUAAAAAGCCUGCAGGGACAAGCUAUAGACACCAGAGCCACUACAUUAAGCUGUAGUGGUUCUGUCAACUAUAGUGUUCCUUUAAGAAUUGUAUUUUUGACACAAAACCUUAAAACCUGGUUCCUAACUUUUUUUAGCUGGCUCCUAGAUUCAAAGCAAAUUUGUCAAAUCCUGAUCUAUAUAUAUAUAUAUCUAUAUAUAUAUAUAUAUAUAUCUAUAUAUAUAUAUAUAUAUAUAUAUAUAUAUAUAUAUAUAUAUAUAUAUAUAUAUAUAUAUAUAUAUGUAUAAAAUAAAAUUUUAAACAGGAAGGACACAUUGAGAUUUCUCUCGUUUUCAAUUGUGUCCUGUUCCCACUAACACUUCAUUGUUACAAAAAGUAUAGGGUACAAUGUAAUAUAAAAUAAUAUUAAUACACAACACAUAUAUAAAUUUAACACAGAACAGGUAAGUAAUGCAAUCAACCAUGAUUACAGGUGCAAUCUGUUUUGAGAUAUGUAGAGAGGGAUCUCUUCAAGGAUUUUAGGCUGGGGGGAGAUUUGAAAGUGUCCGGGAGGUUAUGUCAUAAUUGUGUUACACUGUAGGAAAACGAGAUCGAGUCCCUGUCUUUUUGUAUUGAGGUAGACUAAAUAAAAUGCCGGUAUUGGAUUGGCGGUUAUAGGAGGUGGAACCUUCCCGGGGAGAGCAUUCUGCUCAGGUAGAGUGGGAGCUUCCAAGUAAAGCUCUUAAACAGAAGGCUGGAAAGAUGAAGGGCGCGUCUGGAUUUCAGCGAUAGCUAGUUCAGUUCUUUUAACACGGUCAUGUCCAAAGUCCGGCUGCGGGCCAAUUGCGGCUCGUGUUCCGGUUUAAUACGGCCCCACAGGUUAUUAGCUAAUCCUAUCUGUUGUGAUCCCCAGUGAAUCCCCGAGCGCUGCUCAGGAUCCCUGGAUCUUUGAAUGCCGCGGUCCUGAGCGGCGCGCAAGGAUUCACUGGGGACCAAGAGGUUGCGAGAACGCAGACGGACGUGCAGUCACUGCUCGUCCUCAGUCUGAGUUCUCGCGAUCUCUUGGACUUCGACAUCGCGGGAUUUGGUUUGGAGGCAGAGAAUGAAGGGGCAGAAUAAAAUAAAGACAUUGUAUUCAAUCCCUCCCCUUGUUAUACAUCAUCCUGUUCCUUCUCUACUGUUACACACAGCUUUACCUCUUGCCACAUCAUACACAUUUUUUAACUCUCUUGUCAUCUCUCCUCCUCGUUAUUCACCAUCCUGCCCACCUCCCUGCCAUCUCUCACCCCCCAGAAUAAAAGAGAAGGGAAAGAAUGAAUGGACAGAAUAAAAAAGAGAAGGGAAAGAAAAAAUGGACAGAAUAAAAGAGAUAAGGGAAAGAAUGAAUGGACAGAAUAAAAGAGAGAAGGGACAGAAUAAAAGAGAGAAGGGACAGAAUAAAAGAGAGAAGGGACAGAAUGAAUGGACAGACUAAAGAGAUGAAAUGAAAAGUAUGCCGCUUGCAAUAAAUUGUGCACAAAAUAGUUAAUUUGCAUUUCAUUUUAAUGGUUCAAAGAAUGUCAGGAAAAUGGUCUGCCCUCACGCAUGUUCACUUCAUCAAAUCUGGCCCUAUUUGAAAAAAAGUUUGGACACCCCUGUUUUAAUAUGUCACAAUGGUGAGUCCUGUAUCACAUUGUGGAAGAAUGAGUUAUACAAUGUAGCAAGUUUGCGGUGCAGGUGCAUACACUACAAACCUAUACUCAAUGACUGGCAUUAGGAUUUGAAUUUGUACAAUAUGUUUCUUUACUGUGGGGUUUAGGCAGUAUUUAUUUCUAUCCAGGGCAGCUAGGUUUUGAUAUAGUUUUGAUGAGUUUUUCAAUGUGGAGGACAAAUGAUAGAUUGGGGUCUAGCAUCAUAUCUAAGUAUUUGAAAGAAUGGACUGCGGUCAGUGUGUUAUUUGAUUUUGUUCUGAUGCAUUGAUGGGAAUUUUUUUUUGUAAUUUAAUUUAAGUACUGUUCCAAAGAUCAUUGGGACAGUUUUGUAAGUGUUUAGGAAAAGCUUGUGUUUUGUGAAACACUUUCCUACCUCUGUGAACUGGUCUUGGCGCACAGCCUCCAAUUUAUUUCUGCUUUUUUUUUAAUAAAAUUUUUUUUUAUAUUGAGCACGUUUAGGACUGGGUAGAUAUAUUCCUUUGUUCUAGUGCCAAUGCCCACAUAUUAUUGCUUGUUUGGACAUUUUACUUGUUGUAGUGUUUAUAGUGCCAAGGCCCCACUGUUGCCAUCCAGCGGUAAGUUGUCAAGCUGCUUACGAAGAGUUUUAACUGUUCCCUAGCUUUGUUGGCACCCAUGGUUUUCAAUCUGCAUUGAUAUGCUAAUGCAGCUUUGGCAUUACCAAAUUUGGAUAUUAUUUAGUGGCUGAACAAAAGCAUGAACUUACGAUUUAGCAUAUCAGUAUAGUGCGAAAGGACUAUGGGUAUCCGGCAUAACCAGAUAAGUGUCAAGUCAUUGGUACUUAAAGUAUCUCUUUACUAGAGAUAAAAUGCUGUUGAGAUUUUUUUUUUAAUUACACUACAAAUUGUGGAACAUUGGGUAUUCUAAACUGUAGGUCAAAGUAGCUGAUUAGGACAUUUUCUAACUCAUUUUGACAUAAAAAAAGUUGAGCACAUUUAUGUGCAUGCAGGGAAUUGCUAUUAGUGUAAUUUAGUUUGGACUGGAGCCCUCAUUAGGGGUUGACAAGAACCUGGCUGUUAGGGUUUCACGGAGCUACUGAUUAGCACAGUUUGCAUCGUGCCUCUUUUCCACUUAUAUAGACAGGAUUGUUUAAUGCUAUGAUUUCAUCAGUGGUCUCUUGAGAUUGUUGAGGUUUGACAUUGAUCAAUUUUACUUUGUUUCUGCUAGAUAGGACUGACAUGUUUUAUCACUGCAGAGAUCUGCAAUAUCCCGCUUGAAUAGCCACCUGAUCGGCAAAGCGGUCAUUGGAGCUUCAUUUUGGCUGGCCUAUCUGCUUGUUAUUUUUGUAUUACCAGUGCGGUAUGAUGAUCUGCCACACUAUUAUAUAGUUAUUACUUUUCUCUACUUUGUCUUCUGGUUAAGGUGCCCUCGAAGGCACAGCAGGGCAAGACAGUAAUUUAUCACAGGCUCAAUUACAUCUCUGUUUUCCUUUCUCUGUAGGAAUACUUCCUUAUAUGGUACUUUUUUUCUUCUCACAUUAAUAAGUUAUAUAGUACGGUAGGGUCGAAACAUUGCUCCUUUUUCCCCAAUAAAGCUGAUAUUUUUGUUCAGUGCCUGAACUGUUAUUUAUUCUGCCUAUCUUGGAAGGGAGGCUUGGCCAGCCCGCUUUGGAGCAUCUGGGUUAUUUGGUGAGUGUGGUAUCCAGUAUGUCUCUAUUAAAAUAAGUAUGUCUGAUGCUAUCUUUCCUUACUAUCCAAGACAAAAGGAGAGACUACUUGGGGGAAUUCACAAAACUCAGAAUUUUUUCAAAAUAAAUCCAAAUGGCAAAACUAAACCAAAAAUACACAUUAACGUUAGCAAAGUUAGAGAAUAUAUAUCCAGAUCAGCUUUUUUUGCCUCUAUUGUUUUCCAUUCAGUUUUAAUAUGUGAGUUUAGCAAACAGCCCAGUCAAUGUCAGGGCUCGGAGCAGUGGCACUAACCUUUGUAAUUUAUAUUAUUUUAAUUUUUUUGUCAGGACAAGUAGAUUAUCAUGACGGACAAGUAGAUUGGGCUGCUGUUUUUUGUUUUGUUUUGUUUUUUACUCUUCUUCCCUGAUUUUUAUUAAACUUUACUGCCAGAUAAUGUAGGAUAGGUUUUAAAGUCCCGCAGCAAGUUAGAAGGUGCAUGAAUCCCACAGCCAUUUAUUUUGAAGGUGGAGUCCCUCCUUUUAUCAAGUAGUCCCUAUCUUUAUAUUGCAUUGGAAUUUCAAUUAAAUUUCAACGCAAUCAGCAUUGAUAUUCCUUAAAGAUGUUAUCUUGAUGAAAUACUUACCAGUGACUGAACCUCUAACUUUUUUUUUUUUAACCAACGAUGUUUGUCUGCAAACAGUACCACCAUGGUUUAUCCAGCGCUGUGCUAAUUUAGCACUAGUGGUGAAUAAUGACCAUGGUUAGUGCUAGUGAAUAACAUUCCAUUUUUCUUCUAGUUUACGAGCGUAACUGACAUUGUGAAUUAUGUUGCUUUUAACUCCAACUGGUACAUCAACAUUUUUUUUUUCCAUAAAUGGGUUUUGUGUGUAACUUCCCUUAUAUACUCAAUAGAUUCAUUCAUUUUUGAUGGUGAGAGAGCCUAUAGAAGUUAGAAGAGACAUGCAAAUAAGUACUUGUACCGACAUUGACAUCAUUGAGCAGAGAGGUUAUGUAAUUUAAGGAAUGCAAGUCUUUUCUAUUAAUCCCUCCUUUUUAUCCCGAAUACAGUGUGGAGUGCUUCUAUCCGCUAGAACUGAACUCGUUGGAGGAGUUUAGUAGACAAGCACCGUUAUUUUUACUACAUGUUUAAGUUAAUUACUCUCAACUAGCCUGCCUGAUGAGCUGUAAACUGCACAGUCAUUAAACACUGUCUGUUUAUCUUAGAUUAACUUUAAAGUAAAUGUGUGUGUGUAUAGACAACAGUGCUGCCAUAAUAACUUUUAUUAGGUUGACAGUAUUUUACAGUGACAGUCGUGAAAAUAGAUAUGUGCAUGUAUGUAUAUGUAUUUUUAUUUAUCACUGGCAUUUAUAAAGUGCCAACAUAUUCUGCUUUGUGUGUAUGUGUAUUUUAUAACAAAGGCUGCAGACUUUAAAGGGAGUUGACUCAUUCUACAUUAUAUGUAUGCAGGAAACAAAAAAGGUUGAGAGAUCAGUCUUUGCAGAUACUGCAGUCACCAAACCAGGAAGUACCUCAGUCAAUCAUGCUUUCUUAACUCUGUAGCAUUGCUGAGGUUAUCUAAUAUAUUAUUAUUAGUAUUUAUAUAGCGCCAUCUUAUUCUACAGCACUUUACAAUGAGAGGAGAAUUUACUAAAUGAGACAAUAACAAAAUGUAACAGGAACAAUAGAUAGUUGAGGACCCUGCUCAAACAAGUCUAGAGGAGGUGGGGUAUAAAAACACAAUAGGAAGGGUAUUGAGGCAAACAGCAAAUAUUUAUAGUGCUUUAUGGGCACAGCAAGGGCAUUUAGUAAUUUCAGUUCAAUUAUCAGAUUUCUACUGUGUAAAGUUAAAGGGACACGCUAAGCACCAGAACCACUACAGCCUAAUGUAACAGUCUUGAUGCAAAGAUCCUUUCCCCAUGUAAGCAAUGUGUUUUCUGUGAUAUCUAAAGAUGACUUCUAGUUAUUUUACCUAAAACUCUCCCACAUGAUUUCCUCCAUCUUCUUUCUUCAGCUCUGGCGCUGAAUCUGCCAAGAGCUCACAUCAUUCACGCACAAGAUUAUAGCACAGACGUUUCUGGAGGAUCUUGUUGGACUGCAGGAUCCACCAUAGACUAAGCCUGUCGAUCUGCAGUUUUCCACAGUUGUUGCCAUCUAAUUAAGAAAUGUUGACCAAAGAAGCUCUGCCUUUUGUCAACUUUUGUCACUUUCAGGCUUGACUAUAAUACAAAGGACUUUCUCUGAUAACCUACGAUUGCGCUGAAAUUACGUGUAAUUCUAAUGCAGUCAUGCAUAUGAGUAUUUUACAAAUAUAUCUUUAAAAAUAUUCAAAUUAUAUUUCAGUGACAUAGCUGCUUUUAUUUUAUUUUUCACAUAAAUAUGCGUUUGCUUUAUAAUUUAGAAAUAUUAACAUUAAUGUAAGAAUUUACAGAACUUUUAAAUAUGCUAGCAAUUUUAGACGGUGCUGACCUUACAGGUGCGUGCGUGCGUGUGUGUGCCACAUUGCAGAUUGUGCAGUAGUGAGUUUAGAAGCUGAAGAGCCAUGCUUAAAGACAAUCUUCGCAAUCAUUAGCUUAGCAGUGAUGCAUUGCACCAUUGUUAUGGAGUUAUUGGGGAUAUCAGAGGAUAUUGGCUCUUUAAGCCCUGUCUGACACAGUUCAAAUGUUUCUGACCUUCCCCACUGUGCCAUUUUAAAGGCCCCACAAACUGCAAGGGAGUAGAAACGCAGAGAAAUGAGUCAUACCGAGCUCUUUGAGCUCUUUUCUCAGACUUCCUCCUCUUCACAGAUAAGAAUGAUCACAUUGCUAAGGGAGGUGAAGUAGUGUGAUGGGUGUUCAGUUAAUGUGUAUUUGUUUACCGUAUUUAUCGGCGUAUAACACGCACCUCAUUUUAAGAAAGACAUUUCAGGAAAAAAAAACUUAAAUUUCAAAUUUCUUACUCCCCUCUUCUUACCCCCCUUUCUUACUCCCCCCCUCUUACCCCCUCCCCCUUUUCCUUCUUACCCCUUCUUACUCCUACCCCCUUUCUUACUCCCCCCUCCCCUAACUCCCUCCCUCUUCUUACCACCCUUUCUUACUUCCCCCCUCUUCUUACCUCUAUUUACCCCUUCUACCCUCCCCUCUUCUUACUCCCCCUCUUAGUGCUAGUGAAUAACAUUCCAUUUUAUUCUAGUUUACGACGUAACUGACAUUGUGAAUUAUGUUGCUUUUAACUCGUGGCCGAGCUGCUCUGCUGUCUGCGGUGGCCGGCUGGAGUGAUAGGAAGGUGCACGCUCAGUGUGCACCUUCCUGUCAGUCCGACCGGGUACAGGAAACAGAAACUCGCACGGAACAGGAGUUUCUGUUUCCUGUACCCGGUCGGACUGACAGGAAGGUGCACACUGAGCGUGCACCUUCCUAUCACUCCGGCCGGCCACCGCGGACAGCAGAGCAGCUCGGCCACGCUACAGGGGAGGGGAGGUGAGAACCAACGGCAGCCGCCUGACCGCUCUUGACAGAGCGCUCAGGCGGCUGCAGCAUUUAAAGGGCCGGCGUAUAACACGCACCCAUAAUUUUCCCCCUAUUUUCAUGGAGAAAAACUGCGUGUUAUACGCCGAUAAAUACGGUAAUUAUUUUUGAGCAUUCAUUCACCCGUCUUUGAUUAUUAUCAUUUUACAUUACAUUACAUUAAAUUGGGUUGUGGCACUGAAGAGUAUCACUCAUAGGUUUCCCACAAGGUCCCUUUGCCUAAAUUGGCCAUGGUUUUAGGAACCCAUUCUUAAGCAUCUUUUUAUAAAAUAUGUAUGAUUAACAAUAUUAAAAUAGCAUUUAGAAAGACACUUUCAUUAUACCUUUUCAUUUUUUUCAUUGCUCCAGGAAAAUAAAGGAUGCUACCUUAAACAACUCCUGUAAGCACUAGCCUUAAAGACACACUCUUAGUACCAAAACCGCUAGAUCUUAAUUUUGUUUUGGUGCUUUUAGACUCUUUUUCCAUUUCUCUUCCCUAAGCUUUCCAUUGUCAUCCAGUUCGAAGUCAUCACACACAGCAUGAUUAUUAUUUUAUUAUUUACAAAGCACCACCGUAGCGCUGUACAAUGGGCUGUAGCGCUAGAGUCCUCAAAUCAAAAGCUAGGCCAGUGCAGCACCUAAGAUCAGCUCUGAAGGAUCCCCAUAGAAAUGCAUUGAUUCAAUUCAUAUCUAUGAGGAGUUGCUGAAUAGUGCAGCGUUUUGCCACACUUGCACAAUAGCCUCCCAGUGCUUUCCUAUGGGAAAGUGUUGGAUUGGCUGAGAUCAUUAAGAUAGGUUUUUUUUUUUUUUUCAGCCAUAUAGUUAGGGCCAUCCGUGGCAAGACCGGCACAGUGUAGGAAAAAGGUUAGUACAAACAACUUUCCCAUGCGAUUGAAGGAGGGGUCGGUCACCUAAACACACACUGACUGACAGGCAUACAGACACACGUUCUCUUACACACUCACAAAUUAUUUGUUUUAAAACAAUUUAUGUUGAUCCAGCCUUUCUACUUUUGCUGUCAUCUUCCUGCUCUUCUUUCUCUGCUACCUCGGAUGCUGUUUACUGAUGCUGGUGCAGGAGGCAUCACAGCAGGGCACACACGGAGAGAGCAGGAAGAUCACAACUCCCUCAUCCAUCCACCUCGCAGGCCCCCAAGACGGCCAGGGAUAACAAACACUCAGGCAGCAGGACAAAAUUCCUGACCUGGUGAGCGUGUUUUAACCACAGCUGUUUUGUAGAAAUGGCAGUGCACCCUUAACCCCUUAAGGACACAUGACAUGUGUGACAUGUCAUGAUUCCCUUUUAUUCCAGAAGUUUGGUCCUUAAGGGGUUAAACACACACUUCCUGGCAGCCAUAAUGCCACUUGAGGCGCUUCCACUGCACUGACGGAAACCCGCUUACGUGACGCAUGAGGAAAGCAUUGAUUUGGCAGUAAAUCCUUGAGAAGAUGGGUUACUACCGCCUAGGAUGUCCUUUCCAAGUUGUGAAUAGCUCCAGAGUGAUUAUACCCUCCUGCACAGCAUACCGUUGUCUCACCCAAACACUAGUCGAAACUUAGUGAAAGGUGAAGAAGAACUGUUUUUUGUUAGGUCUAGGUACACCAAAUUUAUACCCAGACCCCCAGCAAAAGGUCUCCAUUCAAAGUAACACGAAUCCACCCAGGUGCUUCUGCGUCUAGGAGAUAAUUGUGUCAGCUCACUAAUUAUUUCCCGUCCCGGACACAGAAAGCUAAAUUCUUAAAAACCCUGAAAACAAAUACAGUACAAUAAAGGAUCCCCAUAUGUCAUACAUCUCCUGAAAGGUCUCUCUGAAGCGCCCGAUCUGUCCUAAAAGCGCCAUGAUCGGAUAGGUUUAGCCCGAAUUAAACAGAAGUCCAAGGUUCAGCAGGAUGGGGCUAGCCUCCGAUCUGGCACAGGACUCCAUAAUGCUGGGUAGAGAUCUCCGGUCACCUAAAACCAUAGCGCUUUCCAUGGGUAUAUAGAGCACCCCCGACGUUCUUGGUGUCAUUGGAUGCCUCAUCACCUCCUUUAUCAACUCUCCGAAAAGCUCCCUGUUUGCUAGUUCAGGGACUGAGAGCGCUUUGAUCAAAAGUUCAAAGCUGCUCCCGGUCAGGCAUACCAUGUCUUCCUGGCCGGUAGCGGCUGCUUCAGGGGCUGCGAACAAGUCUGGUUGCCUCGGGAGACAUGAUGGAGGGUCAAUUUCUAGUGAAAAUAGUCAAAUUUGGAAAGGGUGAGGGUUGGGGAGACCAGUACCUGGAUAAGGUGACCUAAAGGUCUGUCACAAUUGAAUUCAGUGCUUUCCAAUAAGAAGCAUUUUAUGCAUGUGCAGUGCACACCUUUAAGAGGUCAGGAAACUAUGGGAAAGCAUUUUGCAUUUCCUUUGAUUGACUGCGUUCUAAUGAAGUUCUUUAGGUGACAGAUGAAGAUAGGAAUGAGAACAGAGGACACACAAAGUUUGUUGACAGAGUAGAAGAACUGAGAUGGGUUUGAAUAUUAAUUACAGGUAGUAUUGACUUUCAUAAAACCUGUAUUUUGGGCUAGUGAUUAGAAAGAAUUUUAAGUAUGUUCCAGUAUUUUAAUUUAUUUCUUAAAGGAACACUAUGAACACCAGAAUACAGCUUGAGCUAUGAAAGCGAGGGAACUGGGAGGGCAAAUGUAAUGAGAGCACCCAGAAAGUUAGUAGGCUAUCCUAAAGACAUGUGUUUUCAUCGGCUUCUUAAAGGUUGGGAAGCUAAGGGAGUCUCUGGCAUGAGGUAGAGAAUUCCAUAGGAAUGGGGCAGCCCUUGAAAAAUCCUGCAGAUAAGAGUUAGCAGAGCGGGAACAAGCAGAUUAAUAUAAUUAUUAUUAUUGGUAUUUAUAUAGCGCCAACUUAUUCCGCCGCGAUUUACAAUAUUAUGAAAGGGGGGAAAUUAACAAAUAAAUUAACAAUAAAUAAAACAAUUAUAAGCACUAGGGGGCAUUUUUUUAACAGUGAGCAGCCACUGGCUGCUUACUGUUUAGUAAAAAUGACGCUACCUGCGGCAUAGCAUUUAGGUGCAUUUGGGAGAGUUUAAUCUCCCUUAUGUUAUUAUAGGGGUCAUAUUGACCCCCAUAGAGUGAGGGAGGACAUGGGGGGGGCUUUUUACAUAUUACAAGGAGGGAGCUGUGCGCCGGUAAUUCCCUCCUUGUAAAAUCAAAUGAACGAACAAAGAGGUCUUCGUUCAUUUGUUUGAAAUCUCUUUUCAUUUAUUCGUCUUUCUGACGCAUGAAUGAAUAAAUAGAUGAAAUUCUCGUUCGCACGUGCAUGCAUUUCACAGUGCUAUCUAGUGUGGGCAGAUGACGUGUCCCACAGACUAUGGGGCAUUUGGGGUAGACUAGGUGGACAAUUAGAUGUAGUAGAGUCAGGAGGGGGGUUAAAAAAACAAACUUGAUUUGGCCAUGAAAGUGCUGCUUUAAAGGGCUUUCCUAAGCUCUAUAAUCACUACAGCUCAACUAUCUGACCCUGUUUAUGUCAAACAGUUUUUAUAGAGUUAUGUACCGUUGCAUACAAUCCUGACUUCUGCUGCUCUGAUAAUGUGAAAGUAGACUUUCCUUUAGUUUGUCCAAUUUUGAACAGCAAUGGUAGACCGAGAAAGCUGGGGACAAGAAUACUGCACAGUGUCCUCUUUUUACAUCUAAUGCCAUAUCUGAAACAAGGACAAAGAACAAGUAGUGUAUUUACAGGUCAUGGUGGUAGAGAAGAAGACCAGCUCCUUGGAGACUAGCCAUAAGGCUAUUGCUCAGAAAAUAACUUUUUCAGACUCCAUUACAGACACUUUCCCAUAUAGCAAAGACAUAGGAGAAAAUCUAUUUUGAAGGUGGUUCAAGAAACGUUCCUGCCCUUCUCAACUUUCCAACUUCUCUCCCGAUGGAUUUAUCUUUUCUUUCGAAGGUCACAAGGCAAUGGCAACCACAGUUUCUAGGGGCAGAAUAGCUGUAAAUAAAAAUGUCAGUUGUGAAGGAAUUGCUUGUGGCUUUGGGGUAGUAACUUGCUUACAGUAUAAUACAGGAUCAGUAGCUUUAUGUAUUUUCUGUGCUUCUGCGUCAUGCAGAUUUGCAGCAGUCACGUCAACCUUGAGGGUUUGAAGAGUGAGUUAUCUGAGGGAGGGCAUUGGGCUCCUUCGUAGUCCAGCUACCAUAACUUUUCCAUAUGAUUCCUCACCUUCCCUCACAGGAUUAGAUCUUCCAUAACAAUCACCUGCCUCUAAAUCAUUGAGGGGCAAACUACUCAAUAUCCCUAGAGUCAACAGCAAGCUGAAGACCAUUGCUUACCAUAAAUUUACCAUUUACUCACUCUUUCUUAUAAGUGUAUUACCUGCAGUGUAAUUUAUGUGUACUCAUUCUGAGACAGUUUUGGUCACUCAGUCAGUAGGAAUCUGUUUCCAAAGACCUGCACUCCUUUUCAUUUUCUACAGUCCUUUGCUAAGCUCAGUCUAAGAAUGUUUUACUGCUUUUUGUGUUUAACGCUCCUUUUUAAAUAAUUUUUUUCAUAGUGUGAAUCUGUUUAGAUGAUGAUUAGCUUAGUUCAAUUUGCACUUCUUAUUCAAUUAAAAAACAAACUGCAAAACGUUAAAGAUGUGUGUAUACAAAGUCCACAUUUUAAAAGGUGUUGAUAUGACUAUUGGUUCUUUAUUUUAUUGUUUUUUCACCAGUUACCUGCACACACAACUAUAUACAACGCAGAGCAAGUUUUUAAAAUUAAUAGUGCAACAUUACCCAUUGCAUUAUAUAAUUAAAACUAUUGUUUUUGCAUUUGUUGUUUUAUACAAAAUAGCGAUAAUGGUUCAUUUUUCUCUUGCAUCGGCAAGAGCUUGAUUGCUGCAGUAUUCAUUUCCUUUAUAUAAGUAAGGGAAUGUAAGCUUUCCUAAAAUUAUACUCUUAUUUUUUUUAUUUUUUUUAUAACACAUUCAUCAUCGUGUCUGUGCUUGACUGCCUCUGUUUAAGCUGGAGCAAUUUUGCCUCAAGUCCUAAAUAGAACAAAACUCUUUGUCUGUGAGGCAACAAUUAAAAUGAGAUUAUAAGGCAGGUGAACAUUUAAUAAAAGGUACUUCAAUUAAGAUGUAAAUUAUGAUUGCCUUUACUGGUAAGUAGAGCAAACUUUUGUGAUGAAGAAAACCUUUCCUGCAUAGUUCUCUCAUUCUGUAAACUGACAAAUAUAGACCGUUGAGGUGACUGGUUUGUGGUAUAUCUGCAUAGCCAUUUCAAGUAUUCCUGUCUAUUCUACCAAGUCACCCAAUUUUUAUACUUUUCUUUUACUAUUCGUUAUUCCUUGGUAUUAGCGUCAGCCCUGUCAUUAUUAAACUUUGUAUUUUUGCAUAAUUUCGUGUUUUGUGUGUUACUAAAGGUAGGAGGAUGUACUUGGGGUGUUAGACAUUAUAGAGGUAAAUUAAUGUAAGUACUGUUACUAAUACUGAAUGUAUAAUAUUUACAGUAAGUACAAUUUCAGAUUUUCUUAUUUUUUUGUUUAGUAUAAAAGAAUGCCCAAACUGUAUAUAAUAACUUGUAUUAUUAAUGAGAACCAAACAAAAUAUUUAAACACUGUAACAAAUCAAGUACUGUGAAAAACACUAAAUGUUAAUCUUUUUAGAAAGUUAUCUAAAUUAUGCCGCAAUGAUUUAAUUACUUGUAUUUUGCUUUCUAUUAGUUGGGGUCAUUUUAGCCAGUAGGAAACACUAGCUCUUAACUGUAUUAAGAAGCCUUUUUUUAAGGAAUUUGAAGAUACUGUUUGUUAUUAGGUUUUCAUUCAGAAUAUCUUCUACAGUUAUUUGGAGACACUGUUCUCAUUUAUAUAACUAUCAAAAAAAUAAAUAUAUAUAAUGAUAUAUGACCUCAAAUACAGUAUGGUGAUAUACAGUUUUAGAAGUGUUUUAAGUGCAAUGCUUUUGGAACUUGGCUUUGUUUUUACUGCCUUCAUAUGUUGUGGAACAUGUUAAACAGAAUUUGUAUUGUGGUAAAAAUAUCCCUAUUGUUUAACAUGCCUACUUUUCUUCUAUUUUCUUUUCUUUUGUGUAUCUUUAUUAGUUAAAGGAACACUAUAUAGCGUUAGGAAUAUGGACUUGUAUUCAAAUGCAUAAGAUUCCCAUACUUAUGUUAGUUCCACCCACCCCUCUGCAGGAGUUUAAAAGGAAAGUUUUACUUGCCUUACAUCCCGCAGCGUGCUGGUCUCUGUGCUGACUCUCUGCAUCCCUGGCUGAGAUCAUUGAGUCUCAACGAUCUCAGCCAAUCCAUUGCUUUCCCAUAUGGAAGCCUUGGUAGGCUACUGUGCAUGCACAAGAAAACUUUGCGCUGAGCCAGUUAAAUGCUGGCAUUGAGAGUCAUUUCAGCUAUUUAUAUAUCAGUUAAACUCUCUUAUAGCUCCAGAAGCCCCUCAAAUGCGCUUCCUAACAGCCACUAGAGGUGUAAAAACUGAAAGUAUCUCACCUCACUGACAAUAUCCUCAUCAGUCUCCAUGUAUUAUGUACAUUCUUUCCCAUUCUAAGCAUUGGAUAAUUUGGAUCUCGCCCACUUGGCCUGUUCCCAUUAAGCGUUUUCCUUUGCUUGUAAUGGACGCCAUCCUGUUCUUAUUCAGGCCUCCUAAGCCUUUAUCUUAUAUCCAGUGCCGUGUUAUCUAUAUCUCUUUAGUUUCCUUAACACCCUAGUGUAUAAUUUUGUGUAGUGCAGUUUCACUGUCGUGUUCUCAAGCCCCAGGGGUUUAACAGUGAGUCAUGUUUCAAUGUUUUUUCACUCUAACUUGUUAUGCACCAUUACUAUUUAGUUCCCUUCCACAUGCCUAGCUAGAAACAUAGAAACAUAGAAUGUGACGGCAGAUAAGAACAAUUCGGCCCAUCUAGUCUGCCCAAUUUUCUAAAUAAUUUUAUUAGUCCCUGGCCUUAUGCCAUCCCACGCAUGCUUAAACUCCUUUACUGUGUUAACCUCUACCACUUCAGCUGGAAGGCUAUUGCAUGCAUCCACUACCCUCUCAGUAAAGUAAUACUUCCGGAUAUUAUUUUUAAACCUUUGCCCCUCUAAUUUAAGACUUUUUAUGUCCUCUUGUUGUUCCACCUAUACAAAUGGAAGACUAGCUGAUGACUUAAAGGACCACUCUAGGCACCCAGACCACUUCAGCUUAAUGAAGUGGUCUGGGUGCCAGGUCCAGCUAGGGUUAACCCAUUUUUUCAUAAACAUAGCAGUUUCAGAGAAACUGCUAUGUUUGUGAAUGGGUUAAGCCUUCCCCUAUUUCCUCUAGUGGCUGUCUCAUUGACAGCCACUAGAGGCGCUUGCGUGCUUCUCACUGUGAUUUUCACAGUGAGAGCACGCAAGCGUCCAUAGAAAAGCAUUAUGAAUGCUUUCCUAUAUGACCGGCUGAAUGCGCGCGCAGCUCUUGCUGCGCGUGCGCAUUCAGCCACAUGGGAGGAGAAGAGGAGGAUCGGAGGAGGAGAGCUCCCCGCCCAGCGCUGGAAAAAGGUAAAUUUUAACCCCUUUCCAGAGCCGGGCAGGAGGGGGACCUCAGGGCACUAUAGUGCCAGGAAAACGAGUAUGUUUUCCUGGCACUAUAGUGGUCCUUUAAAGGUAGACAGACAAUGUAAUAGAGCAGCUGGAAAUUCUAGCAGAAUGCUUGGUUGUAAAGGGAGAGGUAUUAGCAGUAGAAAGAGGAAAGUGUUCAUGCCAUUGUACAGAACACUGGUGAGACCUCACUUGGAGUAUUGCAUGCAUUACUGGAGACCGUAUCUCCAGAAGGAUAUUGAUACUUUAGAGAGAGUUCAGAGAAGGGCUACUUAACUUGUUCAUGUAUUGCAGGAUAAAACUUACAAGGAUAGGUUAAAGGAAUUUAACAUGUAUAGCUUGGAGGAAAGACGAGACAGGGAAACAUUUAAAUACAUAAAGGGAAUCAACAGAGUAAAGGAGGAGACUAUAUUUAAAAAGAAGAUUUUUAAUUUAAGUAGUCAAACUAUUUCCUGACACCGUACCACUACAAUAUGCUGUGGUGUUAAUGGUGCUUUAAGUGCUAGAACAUCUCAUGACAUACUAAUAAUAGGAGGCAUUAAAACUGUUAGUAUGGAAUCGAACAGCAUUUCAUGUUGGUGCAACAGGGGAACGCAGCUAUAAAUCCUGAAGACUGGGGUCAUAUUUUGUGGCCCAAACUUAGAGAUGAGUUGUAUGCUGCUCUCAAAGUAAGUGCUGCAUACAGCCUUUUAAAUACAUUUAAAUUACUAGGGCUGAAUAAACGCAAUCUGCCAUGUCGAUGCUCAAGACAGACUAAGGUUCAGCAUGGAGGAACUCACUGUCAUGCUGCAAUUGUAGAGUACAGAGUGCUCUGUACUGUGUGAGCUCCAACUUUGGUAAAAGGGUUAGUGUUAACUACCAAUAAUUAAUUUAGGUACUUUGUGGCAUUUAACAAUCACGACUGAAACAUGAAUCUAUUUUGAGUUCUAUUUCUUUAGUUCAGUGCUUGACUAAUUUGUUUGGAAUCUAGGAGCCAGCUGAAAAAGUUAGGAGCCAGUUUUUUUGUUGUUGUUUUUUUUAGGGAAACUAGAGUAACCAGAACCACUACAGAUUUAUUUAGCUGUUCUGGUGUCUAUAGCCUGUCCCUAUAGCCUUUUAAAUGUAAACGCUGCAUUUUUAGAGAAAAGUUUACAUUGGUGCCUACUAAGACCUCUAGUAACAGUCACUCAGACGGCCACUAGAGAGUCCUGUGUCAGUGCUCUGCAUGGAGAUGCUGAUUAUUACCCAUAGACAAAAUGCACAAUAUCCUCCCAAUGCUUUCCUAUGGGAGAGCAAUGGCUUAGCUGAGAUCAUAAAGAUUGAUGAUCUCAGCUAUGGAGGCGGCACAAGCCACGGCAAAACCAGCACGGCGUGGGAAAAAAGGUGAGUAAAAACAUCAAUCAUGUGAUCGAAGGGGGCAGGUACCUAAACAGACACACACUCUCUGUCAUACACACACUAACAGAAACAUUCACACACUCACAAAUUUACAUUUUUAAUUUUAAUCCACCAAGCCUCCCUAUCUUUGGGAGAGCUGAGUGGACUUUCCCUGGGAUCCACUGGGGAUGAUAUCUCUUCCUGUGUGAGAGGGAGCAGUAAUCUACCUGCAGCUCCUGUCUGCUCCCUGUAGUGAUGGCGGGGCCGGAAUGAUGUCAUAUUCUGGCUCCCGGCGUCAUUAAAGAGCGAGAGAGAGAAGAUGCAGGAAGAUUGCUGCAUCAGGCGACCGCUUUGAUGCUCCCCUGGGUGGCCAGCCGGCUACAAUGCUCUCUGAGCCGGCUGCCACUAUACUUCUGCGGACGGCCAGCUCCAUUAUUUGCAAAGCUGGCCCCUUAGGUAAAAGGCUGACAAAUUCCAGGCGCCAGGGCAAAAUUUCCGUCGAGCCGUGCUUUAAUUUGUAAAAUAUAUUAUUAAGGAAAAUAGUUUCUUUCUUUUAUUCACUUAAUGAUGUGUUAUGUAUACAUAUAGGAUAUUAAAGGGACACCAUAGUCACCAAAAUAACUUUAGCUUAAUGAAGCAGUUUAAGUGUAUAAAUCAUGCCCCUGCCGUCUCACUGCUAAAUUCUCUGCUAUUCAGGGAUUAAAUCACUUUGUUUAUGCAGCUCUAGACACACCUCCUUGCAUGUGACUUACACAGCAUUCCUAAACACUACCUGUAAAGAGUCAUCUAAUGUUUGCACUACUUUUAUGGCAACUUCUAUUUAAUUCAGAAUUUCUUACCUCCUGCUCUGUGAAUAGCUUGCUAGACCCUGCAGGAUUCUCCUGUGUGUGAUUAAAGUUCAAUUUACAGAGCGAGCGGGAGAUAUAAAAAGUAAAGUAAACAUCUGAUUUAAAGUAAAACCACUUUUUUUCCAUGCAGGCUGUGUGAGUCACAGCCAGCAGCCACGGUAGUUGUGGUUAGGGUUGCAUAAACAGAAACAAAGUGAUUUAACUCCUAAAUGGCAGAGAAUUGAACUACUUCAUUAAGCUAAAGUUGUUUUAAUGUCUGUAGUGUCCCUUUAAAACAGUAAUUUCUGUCCUUUAAAAAAAAUAUGUAAGAUGUAUGGGUGCACUUAAAGGGAAAACUUUAAAUUAUGGUGAAACAAACACACAUUUUUCUCUAUUGUUUUGGUUCAGAAGUUGGCCAAUUGUCCUUAAGGGCGUAAUAUAACGAACAUACAUUACUUUUUUUAAAUAUUGUUAUUACUACCGCUACUUCUAAAUGUAAACAAUUUUAUGUCUAUCCAGAAUUUGAAAAAAAUACGAGCUUAAAAGGAUCCUUUAGUGCCAGGAAAACAAAGCCGUUUUCCUGGCACUAUAGGGUUAAUAGGUCCACCCCUUCCGUGGGACGUAAGCUGGACCUAACAAACAUGCGUAGCAACGGCCACGUGUGCAUUAGACCUCCCCAUAGGAAAGCAUUAUCCAAUGCUUUCCUAUGGGGUAAAUCUGACUCUGGAGGUCCGUGAAGAUGUCCAGCGCCAGAUAAUGGACUAAAAGUCCGUUAGGAUUCUGAAAGCGCCCCCAGUGGCUGUCUGGCAGACAGUCACUGGGGGCAGACUUAGAUCUGCAAUAUAAACAUUGCAGUUCUCUGGAACUGCAAUGUUUAACCCCUUAAUGCCGUUACGGCGUUCUAUGCCGUCGCGGCUUUAAAGGGCUUUAAAGCCGUUGCGGCGGCAUAGAACGCUGUAACGGCUUAAGCCCCCAGGAGGUCCGGCAUACUCGCCUCCGCUGCGAUCCUCUUUGGGAGUGUUGCCUGACAGCCCAGGCAGCCCUCCCCCGGCAAAUUACAUAAAAGAUUACAUUAGUAUACACGUAGAAUGUAAAUACCUAUAAAUGCAUAUAUAUUAAAAUUCUACGUGUUUAUUUAAAUAAUCUUUUAACAUAAUUAUGUGAUUUUAUUAAUUAAAAUUUGGUUGACAUGCCUGACAACACAGGGAGAAAGUGCAGAGAAUUUAAUUCGCAAGCACCAUAUUUGACCCUGUAACUCUCCAAGACACCAUAAAACCUGUACAUGUGGGGUACUGUUCUACUCGGGAGACUUCGCUGAACUCAAAUAUUAGUGUUUCAAAACAGUAAAAUGUAUUACAACGAUGAUAUUUUAAGUAAAAGUUAAGUUUUUUGCAUUUUUUACAAACGAACGGCACUUUUAUGGACUAUAUUAUUUUUUGCGAUACUUUCUACUGUUUUGAAACACAAAUAUUUGUGUUCAGCGAAGUCUCCCGAGUACAACAGUACCCCUCAUGUACAGGUUUUAUGGUGUUUUCAAAAGUUACAGCGUCAAAUAUAAGGCUUGAGUUUCAUUUUUUUCACAUUAAAAUUCGCCAGAUUGGUUACGUUGUCUUUGAGACCCUAUGGUAGCCCAAGAAUGAAAAUUACCCCUAUGAUGGCGUACCAUUUGCAAUAGUAGACAACCCAAGGUAUUGCAAACGGGGUAUGUCCAGUCUUUUUUAGUAGCCACUUAGUCACAAACACUGGCCAAAAUUGGCGUUUUUUGCAUUUUUCACACACAAACAAAUACUAACGCUAACUUUGGCCAGUGUUUGUGACCAAAUAGCUACUAAAAAAGACUGGACAUACCCCAUUUGCAAUACCUUGGGUUGUCUACUAUUGCAAAUGGUAUGCCAUUAUGGGUGUAAAUUUCAUUCCCGGGCUACUAUACAGUCUCAAAGGCAACGUAACCAAUCUGGCGAAUUUCAAUUUCAAAUGUAACGUGCUAUAUUUGACCCUGUAACUUCCCAAAACGCCAUAAAACCUGUACAUAUGGGGUACUGUUUUACACGUGAGACUUUGCUGAAUACAAAUAUGUGUAUUUUAUUGCAGUAAAAGCAAACAGUAUUAUGACAUUGACAGUUAAAAUGUCAUGUAGAACUAAAAAAAAUCAAAAGAAAUCUUAUUUUCUCCCAUUUUUUUCAUAUUAAAUUAUGUUUCAUAGCUAAAUAUUUGAUAUUAAAUGAAAGCCCUGUUUCCCCUGAAUAAAAUAAUAUAUAUAAUAAGGGUGGGUGCAUUUAAUAUGAAAGAGGUGAAUUACGGUUGGACAGACAUGUAGCGCAAAUGCCAGGUUUUGUUUACAUUUUGUUUCGUUCACAACGUGUACAUUUGGCUCCGUCCUUAAGGGGUUAAAACACUAAUAUUUGUGUUUAGUGAAAUAUCCCGAGAAUAACAGUACCCCCCAUGUAAAGGUUUUAUGGUGUUUUGGAAAGUUAGAGAGUCACAUAUAAGGCUUGCAUUUUUUUGACAUUGAAAUUUGCCAGAUUGGUUAUGUUGCCUUUGAGAGCAUAUGGUAGCCCAGGAAUGAGAAUUACCCCCACGAUGGCAUACCAUUUGCAAAAGUAGACAACCCAAGGUAUUGCAAGUGGGGUGUGUCCAGUCUUUCUUAGUAGCCACUUAGUCACAAACACUGGCCAAAUAUUAGUUUUUUGCUUUUUUCACACAAAAACAAAUAUGAACGCUAACUUUGGCCAGUGUUUGUGACUAAGUGGCUACUAAAAAAGACUAAACAUACCCCAUUUGUAAUACCUUGGGUUGUUUACUUUUACAAAUGGUAUACUAUCAUGGGGGUGAUUUUUAUUCCUGGGCUACCAUAAGGUCUCAAAGGCAACAUAACCAGUCUGGCAAAUUUCAAUGUGUAUAAACUAAAAAAUGUAAUGUGCUAAAUUUAAUAUGAAAGAGGUGAAUUACGGUUAGACAGACAUAUAGCGCAAAUGCCAUAUUUUGUUUUGAUCACAACUUGUACAACUGGCUCAGUCCUUAAGGGGUUUAAAACAACAACAACAACAACAAAAAACCUUGAUGCGGCCAUGACAGCGCUGCUUUAAAACAGAGAAAACCCUAGAUUUAGCAAGACUAAGCAAGCCAGAUUCUCUAUCUGCAAAACAACAUAGUUUUUGUCAAAAUUGUGUCCAGGAAAAAUUCAUGGAUGUGUUGAUUGCAUCCCAGUGAAGUGAGUUUUCUGUCCAGAGCCUCUCUAUGUCACUGUUCAUUAAUCACAACAGGCAGGUCUCUUCCAGUUUGCAGACUAACAAAAUUUGAAUGUACUACAGAGAAUGCAGCUUGCAUGAUACAUAUACAAUUCUCACCUUUCAAAACAUGGCCACACGCGCAUUAGACCUCCCUAUAGGAGGUCUAACACUAUUAUUCAUCAUAAACCGCUGGUUUUGCAGACACCAAAUAUGAAUGUAAUUCCAUCCUGGCAUGUGUCUGCUCAUUAAAUAGGAAGUAAGCCCAAAAAGAAACUGCGGAUCAGGCUUACAAAUUUGUACUUGCCCUGUUGCAAGUGAUGACCAUUUGAGGCACUUAAUUCUUUAAAAAUUUUUUUUUUUUUUUUAUAUCUCUCCCCUAAUUACCUUACAGGUUUUGCCCCCUAUUUACCUGACGGUUUUGUUUCACACUCCCUUUUUUUUCCUAUCUUGUCUUUUCCUGUCUGCAUUUUUCAUUAGUGCUCCAACCUGUUUUUCUUAUGUUCGUAAAUCUUAGCUAUUGUAUUUUAUAUUCUCCUCCCAGUUAAGGUAUGAGCAUUUCUACUAAUGGAGCAGUCUCCCCUUCCUUCUAAACCAUCAAUUGUCAAAAUCUUGUAUGUAUAGUUGAUUGUGGUACAUGAUAACGUUUUCCUUUUUAUCCCAGGUUUAGUUCAGCGUUGCGUGAUAAUCCAAAGAGACGAGAAUGGCUUUGGUUUGACGGUCAGUGGCGAUAACCCUGUCUUUGUUCAGUCUGUUAAAGAAGGUAAACCCCAGCUAUUUUGAAAUUGUAAAUACUACAAUGCAAGUUAAAUGCAUAUUUUCUUUAUAAAGAUGUGCUUUAUAGAUCAUAUUAGUGUGUAGUGGGCUUGGUAAAUAUCAUUAACGUCAAGGAGUAAAUAGUGUGUGAGGCACUUCUAAACAAAUUCAAAAUUUUAGUGCUAGAAGAUGGGAUACCUGUUCAACUGGUCCACGAUAAUAAGCAAACAAAAAAUAAAGGUCAGAAAAAGAAACAAGACUUCAGGGAUAGAAGAAUCUAGCACUGGAGUCAGAUAGCACGGUGUGUGUAAUUAUGGCUUAAAGGACUACUAUAGGCACCCAGACCACUUCAGCUCAAUGAAGUGGUCUGGGUGCCAGGUCCAUCUAGGGUUAACUCUGCCUGCUAUAAACAGCAGUUUCACUUUAGGGUUAAUCCAGCCUCUAGUGGCUGUCUCACUUCCCGAUAAAAAGAAACUGGGGAUACCAGAUCUCAAAGAUUUACCCACACUACAAAUUGAAAUACAUUUCUAUUGGUAUAAAAACUUAUGUCUAAUCUUUAUUGAUAAUUUUAACGUCACAUAUAAAGCAUAAAGUGGUAAGUGGUGUAACAAACGUGAUUGUUGAUUGUGAAAAAGUUAAAAUAAAAAGGGAGUGCUAUAUAGCCUGCCAAAUUUGACCUUGCAAUAUAAAACCCCCAUAGGUAGAUACAAUGGUAAUCCUACUGUGCUAUGGUGAGGAAGCUGUCUGACACUUUCCAAACAGAGGCAGUGCAAGAGAGGAGGUUGCUGCCUACAAAAGCAGGCUAUUUAGUGGCGCUGGAUAAGUUGAGCAGAAGAAAAUUAUGCUCUAAACAUGAAGGUGCUAUAUCUCUGCCAAUUCAACACUCCUUGGCCAUGUCCUUCCUGUUGGUCUCCCCACAGCAGUAGCCCUACAGGUUGAUCUUUCCACAGCUACAUCUUUACAAUUUGAGCUUAACCCUAACCAGUUGAGAUUACAAGAGCAUUACAUCCAUUCAUCUUCCCAUAUCUGUAACCAUCCUACUCAUCUCCAUAUGGCAGUAUCCUGACAGUUGAUCUCUACACAGAUCACCUUCCUAAAAACCAAUCUCGCCCUCCCUUUCUUGUCACUCAGUCCCCCACUUUUUCCCUCCCCAUCUCUCUCCUUCCUUCUACCUUAAAUCCUGGACUGUUGCUUAUCCUUGAGGACUGUUCUGCUAUAUAGAUGUGUUACAGUGCAUUACUUAUUUAACAAUGGCAGCUUCAUCAAACCCUGCUGUCAUUAAUUCAGUCAUCAUUCUAUUAUUCUAUAAUAAUGAACAUAUUGUUAUGACGCUAAAGCCCAUCUCAGUGAAAGCUUAAGCAGUGCUGCAGAGCCUCAAAUUCCACAAAAAAUGAAUUGCUUGGUACAGAUCACAAACUGACAACAGUUUAGUUGAUGGGGAAAAAAAUACAAAUUAUGCAAUAUGUAUUUUGGGAUUAUAAUAGUUGCUGUUACAUGUUUACACUUUAGAUGGAGCUGCCAUGCGAGCUGGAGUUCAGACUGGAGACAGAAUCAUUAAGGUAAAGUACAUACCCCACUAUUGUAAUAUGUAUGUUAUUUGUAAAGUAAUACACAAAGAAUGGCAUUUUGUUCUUCAUUGUUCUAUACCCUGUAUCUUUUUAACAUAGUAUGGAAAUCUUAUUGUAAUAGAUUACAAUUGAAUAAAUAUUAAUUAGUGAUGUUUGCAGUUCUACAAUUUUUUUUAAAUUUUUUUUUUUUUUACACAUUGUAUGGAUUUAUAUGUAUAUACAUUUGCAGUUUGUUUCACGUCUAUCUCUUUCCUUCAGGUUAAUGGCACUUUUGUCACACACUCCAAUCACAUAGAAGUAGUCAAGCUCAUAAAAUGUAAGUGUCAUUUGACUUCACGAUCAACCAAAAAUCACUAAAAAAAGAAACAAAAUGUUGAAAUAUGGCAGGGAAUGAAAAUAGUAAGUCUGAUCAGGCAUCGUACUUAGAUUUUCCAUUUUAGUAAACUAAAUUGUAUCAUAUGGCUUGUUUGAAGAGAUUCCUUUACAUGGAAAUAAUGCCAGAAAAUUAUACAACAAAUGUUUACUUGCACACAUACCAGUUUUUACUCUAGCUAGUAAGAUACAUUUAGCCAAUACUGUUUGAGUGAUUUUGUCGAGAGCAUUGUAGUAUGCCAUAAAUUCCCUUUGUGAAUUAGUUUGACACUGCGGACACAUCUUUAAACAUAUGAUGUCAUUUCAUUAUUUGGUUUGCCUUUGUUAUAUGGUUUUUUUUUUUUUUUUUUAAAUCUUCUUCACACAGCUGGCUCCUAUGUGGCACUAACAGUUCAAGGACGACCCCCAGGAUCUCCACACAUCCCCCUUUCUGACUCUGAGCCAGAUUCACUUUUGUCUCCCCAGUCCCCAAGCACCCCAGGGCAUUUUGACAGGAUAAAAAGCCCUGUACUUGUUGGGGUAAGUUGCCAAGAUAAAAUUUGAAUGUGUAGAAAGAAGCUUGAAGUUUUAUUAUUCGUUCUUCUGGCAGAUUUGCUAGUAUUUAGGUUUGAUUUUAAUGAAAAUUAUUGUAUUAAAGCAUUUUAAUAUGUCUUGUCUAAUCUAUAUAGCUAAGGUAUAUUGACAAUCUAUUCUAUCUGAUCUAUAUCUCUAUGUAUAUCACUCUCACAUCUAUAUCUAUACUAUAAAUAUGAGAAUUUCUGACAUUUGACUAUACCAUAUCUCAUUAAAUCUAUGUCAAAUUUGCAAAAGUAGUUAAAGGGAUUCUUCAACCCUUUGUUGAUAUUAUUAGAAUAAUGCCCUCUUGGCAUUAUUCUUUGGUCCCCCCAAAUAAAACUCUUAAGAGCGUUUUGAAAUAAGGUUUAUUCUCCUUAAUUCAGUGCUGGGCAAAGAUCUCUGCACGCCCCUGUCUGACAUCACAGAAGCCGCGCCGAGGUCCAAUAAAAGGCUUCUCAUCGAGAAGCCUUGAAUGGAGGAUUUAAAAGUCUCAGAAGAGCCCUUUUGGGGAGGGGGAAGGUUGGCAGAAGGGGAGAAUAAAUAAAAAUAAUCAGCAGAUAGGUUAGGGAGGCUCCAAGGGCUACAAUCAGCAUGCGUGUGGGGGAGGAGGGAGGGGAACGAACAUCCCUUUGCAGUGAAAAAUAUGCAUAAAUCCUUACUGUACUUACCCUAUUCCAGCGCGGAUGUCUGUCAGUGCUGAGUCGGCGCUCGGCUUCCUUCUAUGUCACCCUCGGGGUGAGCGCAUUUGGCUCUCCCUAUGGGAAUUUUACUGAUGCUACAUGUCCUCAUACAGAGCGUGAGGACAUCCAGUGUCAAUUAUGUGACUAAAAGUCGCUUAAGCACUAAAAUACUGCCUCUAGUGGCUGUCUGAUUGACAGCCAGUAGAAGCAGUCUUAAACCUGCAAUGUAAUUAUUGCAAUUUAUCAGAAACUGCAAUGAUUAACAUUGCAGGUUUAAGGGGCAGAGACAUUACACCCAGACCACUUUAAUGUGCUGAAGUGGUCUGGGUGCCUGUAAUGUCCUUUUAGGCAGCCACCCAAGUAAUGUGUCCUGGGGGUGCAAGUUGCUCCCUGCAGAAGCACUGCACAUCCAGACUCCUACCACUUUGACCACAAAAAACACAAGUGGUCAUGGUGGUUGAAGUAACCCUUUAAUUUAAUUUAAUGAUUUUUUUAAUAUUGGAAAUUACAUUAUUAAAUUGACCAAAAAAAACUACUUUGCUUUACUUUUGAAUCCCAAACUUUCUGUUUUUUACUUAAUGACUAUAUCAUAUAUUGCUUCGGUCAAUGGUAUUAAAGGAACUCUGUAGUGGUUAUGGUGCCAGGAGUGCUUGGGUGCUUCCCAAUGUAGGUAGUCAAUCCUGGCGCAAACUAUUAGCCAAGUCUGGAUCUAAGUCAUCCUAGAUCACAGCCAAUGAGUUGGCCCUGUACUGCACUCAGAACAGGGUCUUAUAGUUCUCCUGGAGGCUGAAAGGACACUAGGAACCAUGUCUUGCAGAUCUCAGGUAAGCAGUCAGACUGUUCAAAAACUGUUUGACUACUUAGAUGGGGGGAACCAGGGUACUUCUGGCAUCAUUGCAUCUGCAGCACAUGGAGUGUUCUUUUUAAAAGGACUUUAAUUAGUCAAAGCUUUAGUAAUUGUGUUUUAUUUAUGUUUACAUCGAAGGAUGAGAACAAUCUUAUACAAAGCCCAAAGCUAGAGAUAUUAAAGAAGAUAUUUCAGCAAGAACAGUUGCAAGUAUGUAUCUUUGUAUAUGAGAAGUGAUUUUUGUCAUGUCACUUUUUUUCAACUCCAAUAUAUUUUAAAUGGAAAAAUUGUAAUUCAUGUUCAUAGAAAUUGUAAGAUUCAGCUAAAAUAAAAAAUCUAAAAACAAAUUAUAUACUGCACCAAUUGCCCUUUUUUUAAACUGCAUAUUAAAGACCUGAUCCACCCAUCUUAGUAUAAGUACUGCGGCUCUUCAGAUCAAUAAAACAGGAUUGUUUUUUUUUUUUUAAUAUAUAUAUAUAUUUUUUUUAAUAUAUAUAUAUUUUUUUACUUAGCUGUAAAAUCUUUUUUUUCCAUGGCAGUACAUCUUACCUCCCUUCUAUUCAUUAAAAUGUAUACUUUGACUACAGGCUUUUAUGUCUGGUUUUGGCAUUACUUAUGGGCCAGUUGGGUGUACAGGGGUGGGACUUAGGUUUUAUAUGUUCUGUUUGUUAAAGAGACUCUGUAGUCACCCAGAAGGCUUAAUUUCAAUGAAGUGGUCUGGACUCUGGUUGCCAUUUUUUAACCAAGAAAAUGGAAACAUUGUUGUUUUGCAGAAACUGCAAUGUUUUCAUUGCAGGAUUAACACAUCUGGAAGACAAUCAGUAGAGGUGCUUUUGCAGCUAUAACCAAAUUAAACUGAGUUAAAGCGCAAAUUACUUUCCUAGCGUGCAUUUGAUUGGCAUGUUGCAGAGUUUUCCUGUGCAUGCUUACUAGCUUUUUAAUGCAUUCCUGUGAAAAAACAUUGGAUUGGCUGAGAUCAUCAGUCUUGAUGAUAUCAUCUUGGGAGGUGGAGCAUCAGCACAAAGACUAGCAUACUGCAAGAUAUAAGUUAAGUAAAGCUUACCUUUUAAACCCUUGCAAUGGAGUACAGAAACACGAGUGUGUUAGGAAUACAAGCUUGUAUUCCUGAUGCUAUAGUGUUCCUGUAAAGUAUCUGUCCAGAUUUUGAGGGACAAGUCAACAACCGAGUGGUGAGUCCUACUCUUACUAGAAUGGAUUUUAGAGUAAGUAGAAGAAAAAAAUUACAUCUUGUUUUAACAUGUCAAGACAUCCAGCAAAAGGUGUCACAGAUGUCGUGAAGGGAUUUUGUAGGCAUCAUAACCUCUUCAGCGGAUCUAAGGGGUUUUGGUGCCUGGAGUUCAGAAACACCAGGUCCCAUACUACUACUAAAUGGUUUACUCACAGUUUAGCAGAGAUUCUCAUUCCCCGCCGCCUAGCCAAGGACAUUGGGUGAUUAGGGCAGAGACACUCUCACCCCACCACUGCCUGCUACCCUUGGUAUAGUGUGAAGUGCACCAUAUGUCUGCGUCCCACAUUUUGAUAUUGCAGGUUGGGCUGUAGGCUGCCAGGGACAGAGUAUAUCUACUAAAUAUUAGAACAAAGGUUAUGAGGCCUACAGUGUCUCUUUAGGUUGUAUAAUUAAUUAUUUUGUUUUGUUAGUAGAUUGAACGAUGUUCAUGCCGUUUGUUAUUUUCUUUAGCAUGGCUCAAACUCUUUACAAAUCAAUGAGCUGGAAGCAGACUAUGGUGACCUUGUGCGCAACGAUUACAGCAGUGGUUUCGGAUCACGUCCAAAUAGUGAAACUGCAGAUGUGAGUAUCUUGUGCAUUAAAGGUUGGUACUCAAGAUUUGGGCAUUCACAAGGUCCAACUUAACCUGUACCCUUUAUACUAUGAAUGUUCCAUGUGUCAUUGAAGUUUUGAGUUUUCUAUAACAGAGAUAUGGAGUAGAGGGUGUUCUAGUAAAUCAGUCUAUUGAAUUUUUUUUUUAUCGUUUAUGUAGUGAGUAGUGGCGGAGAUAGUAUUUGUCUUUUUCUUAAAUGUAUAAACCAUUUUAGAAGCAACUUUAUAAUUGGCUACUUGAAAAAAAAUAUUCAGAUAUAUUAGUAAGUGCUUGAGCCACUUUUUAAUCCUCUACAAGAAUAUAUCUGCCCGGCAGCGAAAAGGGACAUUCCAUUGCCUGAAUAAAAUAAACAUUUUCGAUCACUGCUUAGUAUAUAGGGUAUUGGUAAGAUUAUAUAUGUGAAAUGAAAAUAUGCGUGCAUUUAAUUAUGCAGUUUUUCAUUGGGGGUAUAUAAAAAAAAAAAAACAGCUUGCAAAAUGUGCAGUUCUCUUGUCUACUGCCUUUGCAAGCACUCCACUUCUAAUCCUUCCCUGCAUCUUGAGUUUAGCUCCACAAAGCUAAACAAAUUAGGAAGUAACAGGCCAUGCUGUCUGCUUGAAAGCCAGGGAGGUGUAACAAGGUCAGUUUAUAAAAGUGCCAAAUUGUAUUGAAAUCUGUACUUUUUCUAAAAUGAGGAAAAAGAGGACACACUCUUCAUUCAUAAAGUAUUUUAGGAUGGGUCUGCUGAGGUAGACUUACAAGGUUAUUCACUAUUUGAGAAUUCAGUGUGAAUGUCAGAUUUUAGGUCAAAAUAGUCAAAUUUGAGAGCAUGUUUGAUUCAGAGAAUUUUUCCAAAUCCCCUAUUUUUGACUUAAAUUUGAUGUUCACUUUAAUUUCUCACUUGAGUGAAUAAAACUGGGCGUAAUGAUGAAUUUCAAGUUAAUUUUCACAUGAUAGCGCUCAUUAGUGUAACACAGGAGUCUCAAAGUCAAUUUACCAGGUGGCCAGUGGUGUAGUCAUCAUCUCUCAUGGGGGCUGCAUUACCGUACUACCAUAUAUCCACUUGUACAAAAAAACCGCAUACUCCCAUUGAUACAGACACUUACAAAUCCUAACUCCCAUACACACAGACACACACACAACUGCACACUCCAGUACAUACAUUUACAACUACAAUCUCCUGUACACACACAGCUACACACAACUGUGAGGUGGCCACACUCUCGAUGAAUACUGCUUCUCUGUGCUGUGUGCAUCAGUCAGUCUCAUAAUUGAAGAUUCUGUACAGAACUGCAGAAUGCUGGAACUUUAUUAACAAGGCUUGUAGGAGCAUAUAGCCUCCUUAACCGCAGCAAUGAUCAGGACCAGGCAACCAGCAAACCAGACAGAGAGAGGUAUGCCCUGGACUCAGAUUUCACUUACAUGGAUAAUCUUUGGUUUAACACAUAUGUUGAACAAUAAUAGUGUUGGUACUAAGCCUUUCUAAAAUGCCUGAGUUGUGUGCAACUCUACAAAAAGCAUUGAAGUUAUUUCAGAGCACCUGUCUUCUUGUUUCUUCAACCAGCCCUCCUUGAGCUUUUAUCCCAUAAUAUAAUGGAUUGAUAAAAUGUGAUCAUGCAAGAAAGAUGAGGGCUAGAAUUGUAUUUACAUAAAAUUGUGCUUUAUCUUUUUUUCUUCACUCAGCAGCUUCAUCAGGGGUUAACAACAAGACAUUAUUUAGUUUAGCAUCCACCACUAUGGUAGUGUGUUGACGUUUGAUAAGGGUGACUUUAAAGUACUUAGAGAUAAAUGUCAUUCUGGGAGAGUCACAGAAAACUGUCCCUGUGAAGAGUCACUGUCCUGGAACAUCAUUUUGUGGAGAUCUUGUCAUGGAAACAUUAAUGCUGCAAUUUCCAGAUUAACAUUGGUACUGAUAGUUCUAUAACUAGUAUCCAUGAUUUACCAGACAUCUUUCAAAGUGUGCUCGAGCUUAGAACAUACUCUGCAUAGUUACACAAUGGGUAUAUUCACUGGAAGCUUCUCAGUUAACUCACAGUAAAAAGCGACAUGGUGUAGAGUAGAGAUCCUGUCUGUUUUCCUGUAAAUGCCCUCCUCUCUAUAAAAUAUAAACUUUUUAGCCACUGUAUAUGUUCACAGUGCAGAGCAGAAGAACCACAGAUGCCCAACAGAAUAAGAGAAGUGUAAAAUUAUUUGUAAAUGGUUUUACAGCUAACUUUUGUUAGCGCCCAGUGACUCCUACAGCGCACUGUAGUAGUUAUGGUGCUUAGAGUAUUCCGUUAACUGAUCCUUUCUGUAGUCUGUGCGAUUGACAACAAUAUCUCUUUUCACAGAGUCCGCGUAGUGGACUGAGAGAGAAACACUUCUUAGAAGAGAGCCCAGAGAAGAUUGAGCUUCUGGACACCGUAAGAGCUUAAUUCUUUUUUUUAUUGUUUUUGUUAAACAUUUUCAUCCACUUGAGACAAUGUGUUCCACAUAAAAAAAAAAAAAAAUCUUCUCUUCGUUUUUCUUUUAUUAAUAGAUGAUUCUGUUGUAUCAAAAUAUUCACGUCUAAAUAGGGCUUGAUUAACAUUUACCUGUAAUUUAAAUAUUGGGAAGUUAUGCACAUCCAAAGAGUUUCUUGUUAUAUUAGUUAUGCACAUCCAAAGAGUUUCUUGUUAUAUUCACAUUAAAAUGCUAACUGUAAAAUAAUGAAUAUAAAUGUGCUGUAUUUAAAAGCGUGGCACCACAAUAGCUCCAUUAAUAAUUAUGUCAUUACUGUUCCAGGUACAGUGGGUACAAGAACUGUAAUCACAUGUCCUUAGAGAUACCCUCUUUUUCAUGUUCACUGCUUUUAAAGAACCUUCUAUUUCUACAUUGAGAAGCGCAUGGUCACAUUUCACACAACUAUUUGUACAUAAUGUGCUGUUAUGGUCAGGUUCAUGUUUGGAUGAGGGGCUCUGGUAAAUUUUUAUUUUAUUUAUUAGAGCAAAAUGUCAUCCUUGUUUUAUAUCAUCCGUGUAAUAAUAUAUUUUACAUCACAUUGCUAAAUGUAUACCUCCUAGUUUGACAUCAGAGGGAGAGGGUGGCAAUCUUAGUACUGUAACAGUUGCUUUGGUGAAAAGUGGACUCUCAUUAAAGCAUUGCAUGCAUUGCUUUGGAUUUUUCUUAUGCCAAUCGAUUUAUUACAUCAUGCAAAUUUAGAAUUGUUUUAGACAAAAAAAAAUUAAAAUAAAUAAAUAUAUAUAAUACAAAAAAAAUAUUUUCAAGUAAAAAUGUUAAAAAAUAAAAUAAAAAAGCCAAACAAACUACCCCCCAGACAUUUGUUGGUUGUGCAUACUUAUUCACCCACAUGUCGAAACUUGGUAGAAGAACCUUGGGCCCAGUAAUAGCAUGGAGUCUUUUGGGUAAUUCUCAGCAUUGGCAAACUGUUCAAGCUUUGUCAGUUUGAUCAUGGAGCUUUGGUGAACAGAAAUUUUUAGGACUUUGCACAUAUUCAGAUCAGUGUCUGGGCUUUGACUGGGACACUCUCAUUCCAAAGCUAAAUCAUUCCAUUUAGCUUUGGCUGUGUACUGAAGGUCAUUAUCCUACUGGAAAACUAUAAUCAUGUUGCUAAUCUAGUAAUGUAGUCCAUCUCCUGUUACCACUAUGCUGAGCGAUGCGCUGGGGAGCCAGAGACAUUGUAACUAUCCCCCCCAGCACCUUUUCCAGUAGAUCACUAAAUGUAGAGGUGUUGUUGGUGACACAGGCUGAAGCCAGUGACUGUUAGUCCCAGCAAUUUUUAGCAAAGUGAAACAUUUAUAUCCUGUUACUUCCCUAAUAUUAAAUGAACCCUGCUUCUAAUUGUAUUUGUAAAACACUUAAUACUGAUGCAUGUAUUGUUAGAAAUCCCAUUGCUGGGUUCUGAAAACCUGUAUAAACCAUUUGUCCUUUGGUCUCUCUUGCCUUGGUAUUCAUACUUUAGUCUUUUGGUUCUUGUGCACCCUUCAAUGGCAUUAUUUUCUCAUGAUGUAUACUUUACUGCUGUAUAUUUCAUGUAUUCAUGUAGAUGUACUCAUAGCAGUGUAUAUUGUAUGCUGUUAUAUAAAAUAUAAUGGCUUAUGAUUUUCACUCAGGACUCUCAGUCUAGCAUUGGAAGCCCAUCCACUUGCAAUGCACACAGUAUCAUUGGAGCAGAAGAUGACGAUUUUGAUGCUGAACAAGAGCAGGUAAGAUAUUAAUAGCUAAAGUGAAAACAUAAAGAGGAGAGUGUAAUGUUCAGUAUUUGGGGGGUCUUUUGUGCAUAAUAAGCAUAAUAUGUGGACUAAUCCUCGUUCACUCUUCCACACACCAUACACAACUGCAGCAAAAGGAAAUUCCCUACAUUCCAGAGUAAUUAAGACAUUAGUUAGAGGUUUGGGAAAUAAUUCUCGCUGCUGUAUUGUCUGUCAAGCAGAACUGAUAAUUGGCUUUCCUUUGUCUUAAAGAGAAACUAUAGUCACCUGAGACACUACAGCUUAAUAUAGUGGUUCUGGUGUCUAUAGGAUGUCCCUGCAGGCUUUUCAGUGUAAACGCUGCAUUUUCCAAGUGUUUACAUUGCUGUCUAGUAACACCUCUAGUGGUGCACAGGCAGCCACUAGAGGUGCUUCCUAUCUGAGUGCUGUACUGUGUGCACUACCUAUGUUCAGUGUCUCCAUUCACUCCAUGGAGACUCUGAUUGCUCCCCAUAGAGAUGCAUUGAUUCAAAGCAUCUCUAUGAGUAGAUGCUGAUUGGCGCAGCACUGCAUUUUACCAAACAUACCCAAUAGCCUCUCAAUACUUUCCUAUGGGAAAACAUUGCAUUGGCUGAGAUCAUCAAAAUUGAGAAUCUCAGCCAUGGAUGCAGGGACAGCCACUUCACAGCAAGGAAGAAAAGGUAACUUUAAUUCCAUUUUCAGGGGGGCUGUGGACCUAAACUGCUACUCCAGCUCUAUAGUGUUAGGAAUAUAUGUUUGCAACACUAUAGUGUUCCUUUAGGUCACUCUAAAUGCUACUGCCAAUGCAAGUAAAGCCUAUGAAGGUCCCUCAAGCCCUACCUUAUCUUAGCAGUGUAAUUGUGUUGUUUCUUUGUGUUUUUUUGUUUGUUUGUUUGUUUUAUUUGUGCUGUAGUUUCCCCUCACUUUAAAAUUCAACUGGUACUAGCAGCGAUCCAUUUGGCUCCAUUAGGUUAGGAUGUGUUCGGCAGUGGAUACAGUGAUAAAGAUACAGAGUAAUUUUAUUAACCAAAAGAAAGUAGUUUAAUUAUUUUAGCUACUUUUAGUUUAGUCAAUAGAACCCGAACAUAAUCUCAUUGUUUACCCUUCUUUUUCACUGAAACUCCUGGUCAACAUGUAUAAGCUUAGUGUUCAUAGGCUAUAAGCAUAUAAUUAAUUACAAUGCGGGUAGAAUGUCUUACAAAAUGAAAACAAACUCCCGCCCAUCCCUACUCUCUACUCGGAACAAGUUGGGGAGAAAAAAAACACACCUGUUUCACUCACAAUGUUCUGAAGAUAAAAGCUGAGUCUUUAUAGACCUGUUGUUAUGGAGAUUCAUUGAACUGUUUAUAAAACUACCGUAUGCCCAUUCAUCUUCACUCUAAAUAGCAUUAGUGACAUACUUCAUUAAUCUUUGAGUACUUUUAUUUAUCUCAGAUGCUGGCAGACAUAUUACCAGUAUUUUAAGAGCACCGCUUAAAAUAAUUGAAUUUCCAGGCUUUUAGCUUACGGCAAACAAACACAUUACACUUUAAUUAGUAAUGUUUUUUUCAGGCUUCAGUUAAAAUUUAUAGUUUAUCCUUGUAUUUCAGAGCCAUUAUGGUUUUGCUUUAUGUCUUAGGAAUUAGCCCCUAAUAUAAAUUACUUUAAAAUUAAUGGUUGUCUGUUUAUUGCAUAUUUAAUAGGAUAGAAUCUGGUUCCAUCCACAAAACAACAGAGGAUAAAUUCUUACAUUACUUGCUUUCAAGUAACAAUUUAUGUUUGUUUAUUUUAUAUUGACUUGUUUAGCAUUCAUUUAAUACUUUUUGUUUUCUAUUGUUGCCAAAUGCUUAUUUAGGGAUGUUUUGACCCCCUCUAUAAGAAUAAAUUUUUAGACCGAAAAGUGUCAUCAUUGGCAUAAGAAUAAGAAAUACAUAACAGUUACAAAAUUAAUGUAUGUAGUUACAAUAAAUUGGUGUGUGUUUAUAGUGGGAAAGUAAAGGGACUCUAUACGCACUGCAACUGUUUUGUCUCUUUGAAGUGGCUCAAUGUCUGUAGACUCCUGGCGCCAUCCUUCCAUUCAGUGUUAAAUAAUUGUUUUAAUAUUAUACCAGACUUUCCAGCAACUCCCCCACACCUAUCCCUCCUGUCCCCCCACACCUCUUCCCUGUGCUGCUAGGGCUAAAGUUUAACCAUUAUGCUGAGGAGUAAUUGGCAGCUGUGAUUGGCUAGGAGUGUCAGUGACCACUUUCAGCCUAUCACAGUGCCUAUACCACAUUGCAGGUAUCAAUCUGUAUGGCUAGAAGGAAGUGUUUGAUUUCUGCCUUAUCUACACCUCCAGUGGGGGCUCAGCUACGGGAAGCCAAUGACUCUAGAGUUUUGUUUACAUUGUCAAAUGACCCGUUAGCAUGCAGCCUUUAAAGCAUUGCUUUGUAGAAAUGGAAUGGCAAGGAAGGGGGAAAUGUACAUUCUUUUAUGGUAUUAAAAGACCCACUGAAUGCAAAAGAAUUGGAUAUGCAAUUAUUUUUUAUUUUACUGCAUUCUGUUAUCUUUUGUAAAAUUGCAAUACUUUCUGACUAUUCCAGAUAUAACUGGAAUGUGGAUAGAUUAAUGUGUUUUUUUUUGUUUGUUUUUUUUUUACCUUUGCCAAACCACAUGCGUUUUCCAUUUGAAAUAAAUGGGUCUGCUUAAGCUUGCCCGAUAUAGCUGCAAGCAGCAUUCCAGAUACUUUAAACAAUGAAUUAAGAGCCAUGAGUGCAAGCUGCUGCUGGCUUCUGUUCACUUGAAGAAUAAUAUGCCAUUUAUUUCUAUUAAAAAGUAAGUGGGAUGGCACUUUUGGUCAUUAUGUGUAUUUUUUCUGUUUACUUAGACUAAUAUGUUUGCUCCAUAGUUUUACCUUUCUAAUUAGUAGGAGAAAUGCCAGUAAUAUUUCACCCUGUAUAUGAUGACAUGUAAAUGUCUAGAUAGAACAAUGUUCUCUGUGCUUACACAGUGCUCAGCUAAGUGAGUUCCAUCAAGGACAUAACACACUGAGAUAGAUCAGGGACGCAUUUUACAUGCACAACUCAUUAAAAGAUAAUUUGAUCUUUAUUUCAUUUAAAAAUUAAAUAGAUGCAUGUUUAAUGCAUUUGUACAUGUGGGAUUUUAAACUAAAUGUCUUCUAUUACGUGCGGAAUCUAUUUUGUACUAUUUUUUUUUUCUAAAACAUUUUUAUUUGAAUUUUACAUUAUGCAAUGAUGAAACAUUAGCCUUUUAAUAGGUGUGGAUCAUCAGGAAUGUGGCUUGACAGUGAUGUUGAAUGGGCAUGUAGGAUGCUAGCCCUGUCCUCCAAAAGCAGGAAAUGACAGGCUCAGUCUUUUGAGAAACAAACACUAGUACAUAUGACUUGGAGUCUAGCAUAUUCGAGGACUAUCUCCAAAUUCCUGCUCUCUGUGGCAUGCAUGUCCUAUUUACAGGACAUUGGCAUUGUAUAUAUCCACUGAUUAACAAUAUGCUAUGGCUCUGCCAUGUUCUGUUAUAUGAGCCUGGCUCCUUGUGUGAUCACUGAGAUGGCACUAGCUCCCUCCUAAGACAAGGAAAGGGUAAAAUGUAAUUCACAUUCAGUCCAUAUAUCUAGCUGCGAUUACUCAUUGUGUGAUUUGUUAUAGUGGACCAUGCAACCUCCAGGACAUGUGUACAAAUUAUAUGCCUGUCUCUGACAGUGAGGUAGAAAAUGCAGUGCUGCAUUGUGGCCUGAUUAUACCAUUACUUAAUGUGAUGUUUUCAAAGUGCACAGCUCGCCACCAACCCAGAUGCUCUUCUCAUGUAUGUUACUACAUCGCUCAUCCCCAACUGCCCCAUAGCCAGUUCGUAUUACAGCAGUGUUAAUAAACUACUACCUGCUGCAUCCAUAGUGAAAUAGGUCUAUCCCAUUUCUUAAAAGGUUACUCCAAGCACCAUGUACUCUUCACCGAUUUAACGUAGUUGUGGUGCAUUGAUUCUGUAUUUGCAGUGUUUAUGUUCGAGUGCUGCACAUAUAAAGAUGUAGCACACCCCCUUUUGUGCCACCAAAGUCCUACCUGUAACCCGCCAUCCCUCCCAGGAUGAGAGGAAGAUCCGGUAAAAUCCCACGGUCUUUACUUAUUACUUAUUCUUCUUUAUCUUUCUGCUGCAUUCGGCACUGUUGACCAGCUUAUACUCCUCCUCGUCCUUUGCAAACUUGGUCUCAGGGACACUGCUCUUUUCUGGUCCUCACCCGACCUCUCUAACCGCCCGUUUAUUUUCUCCUUCUCUACCUCUAGCCGUUGAAGUUCCUCAAGGCUCUGUGUUCUGACAUCUUGUUUUAUCAAUUUCCACUGCCUCUCUUGAUGACCUAAUAUCAUCCUAUGGCUUUCCAAAUCACCUGUAUGCUGAUAAUACACAUAUCUACCUCUCAUGAUCUUUCUCCCCAUCUACUGGUUCGUGCCACUGACUGUCUAUCCUCUGUUUCUGACUUAAUGACUUUGAUUACUAAUACACACCUCUUCAAGUCUGAACUCAUUGUAUUCCUCCCUCCAAGCUUACAUCUUUCUCUGUUUCCCUAAAGGUCAACGGAACUAUUAUAACCUCUACCCGCAGACAUAAUGCCUUGGUGUACUAUUUGACUCUAAACCUUUCCUUUAUCCCUUAUAUAAGAUAUAUCAUCAAAUAUUGUUGCAUAUACCUUAAAAACAUUUCUAACAUUCUUCUUUUUCUCACUCUGGAAGAAACCAAAAUGCUUUUCUAUGUUCUCAUUGUUUUCUGUCUUAAUUAUCGUAAACCUUUUGCUUAUUGACCUACAAAAGUUCUCAGAUUUCCCUUCUACAGUCCAUAAUGAUUACCUCAGCCGGACUCCUCUAUCUUACAUCCCUCAACGUUCACAUCUCACCCCUCUGUCAGUCUAUACACUGGCUUUCCAUAACUGUGAUCUGAAUUUAUAUUUCAUACCUCAUUAGCAGAUAUCUUCCAACCUGGCCUCUUCGCAGGACUACUUCUGCUAUAUAAAACACGUUUUGUUAGAGUUAAAUGAACACUAUCUGGUCCCCCCUUGUCACCUAAAUAUAAUAAAAUCUUAUCUUUAUUCCAGUCUGCUGGUGUUGGCUUUGCCAUUGAUCUGCUUCCUUGUUGACAUCAUCAGAAGUGAUUAUCUCAGCCAAUAACAAUGAGUAACAUUGAUUAUCUUAGCCAAUUACCUCUUUCUCCAGCACCGUGCGGGGAGCUCUCCUCCUCCUCGGCUGAAUGCGCAUGCGUGGCAGGAGCCACGCGCGCAUUCAGCCAGUCCAUAGGAAAGCAUUCUCAAUGCUUUCCUAUGGACGCUGGCAUCUUCUCACUGUGAAAAUCACAGUGAGAAGCGUGGAAGUGCCUCUAGCGGCUGUCAAUGAGACAGCCACUAGAGGCUGGAUUAACCCUAUUAUAAACAUAGCAGUUUCUCUGAAACUGCUAUGUUUAUAGAAAAAAGGGUUAAACCUAGCUGGACCAGGCACCGAGACCACUUCAUUAAGCUGAAGUGGUCUGGGUGCCUAUAAUGGUCCUUUAUUUUCUUGUUUUACCUAUUGUAGAGCACUGCUGAAUAUUUUAGUGCCAUAUACAUAAUUGUAUAAUACUUUAUUUUAUUUUUUAUUGCUGAAAAGAGUUUGUUAAAGGGACAAUCAGUGAUGUGCCUAGUGUGCCCUGGCACUGUCCCUCCUUUCAGUGUUAAUCCAUUUUCAAGCAGUUUAGCACUGAAUAUGGGUCCAUGGAUUCCUAUAGGCAAGGCCCAACUAGAGGCAUGGUUAAGGAAGAUAUUACACACUUCCUCCUAGCCAUACUGAUUCAUAACUGCAAUGGGCACUGAGAUAGGAUGAAACUUUCAGCCAAUCAGAGACUAACAUUGCUGCUCAGGUUAAUGCUUCCUUGUUAGCCUGUGCAGCACGAGGAUGAGUGCUGGGAACUCUUGUAUAGCAUUAAAACAUAAAACGGCAAGAAACAGCUGUCAGUUUUUCCAUAGAGACCAAAAAAGAGGAAAAAUUUACUUUUGUUAGGUAAAGGUUAAAAAUUAUAACACAAAAAAGUACAAAUCUAUUAAUAUUCUUUUACUGUGAAAUACUGUUUUGUCUGAUGCUCUGUUAUACAGCAUUUGUAUCCCAACGGUCCUGAGCUGUGUAGUAGUACUAUUGGAAUUUUACUUUCUCCUUCUCUAGCUACUAUAUAACAGGCAAUGUGGCAACAGGGAGGCAUAUUUUUACAUUGUUUAUAAGCCAGUAGCCCGUACAGCUGCUUCCUAUCUCACCUGUUGUCAUGAGAUUUAGGAGAUAAGGUUGGAGCCGAUAUAAUUUAACAUUGCUUUAUAGGAAUAGCCAUAUGCUCUGUUAAUAAUUAAUAUUCAUAACACUUGCAUUUUGGAUAUUAAUAUUUGUAUUUUUGUGUUAUCAUUUGUAACCUUUACCUUAUAAAUGUGAAUGUUUAACCAUUUAUGGUCUACUCAGAAACAUUGGCAGCUCUUUCUUGCUGUUUAUUCAUUACUCCCUGGGGUUGCCCCCCAUUUUCCCUGUUAAUUUUUCCUAAUGAUAGAUACAUUCCAAGAUAGAUAAUUAUCUGCUUUUUAAGCAUUAAAACAGUAAAAACUGUUUAACGCUAAUUCGAAUUCGAAGGGGGGCGCCAGGGUUUCCAGACACAGAAAUUUCCAGACAAAGAAAUGAAGCUGUUACAGUGCCUACAAUAUCCUUUUAACAAAUGUUAAUCGUGUUUUUAAAAACAUUAAUCUGCAUAUGCUUUUAUCAUUUGGUUAAACUUUAUGCAAACCUUUAAUAGAAGAGUGCAUUGUACUCUAGGCUUAUUCUAAUUACUUUUUCCUUUUAUGUAUUUGUUUAUUUUCAGCAAUUUGAUGGCCAGUACAACUGUUUCCAGAGCAUGGGACUUCUAAAAUCGCACCCUGCUCAUUUGGCUGUGUUUAUACACCAUGUAGUUUCCCAAUUUGACCCUUCAUCUUUGGUAAAUAUUAAGUUAUUUUUUCAAAAUUGCUUUAUGAAAUCAUCAUGAUGUAUAUAAUUAUUCACCUUAUUGUCCCCAGCUUUGUUACCUCUAUGGAGACUUUUAUCAGCAAAUUAACUCCAAAGAAGCACGGAGAAUCUUUAUGGAAUUUCACCAGUUCUUCUUAGAUCGAGCUGCGGUGAGAAAUGGCACAACUCUGCUGUGUUUAUGGCCAACAAGAUACAGAAAAGAUUGUCUACCUAAUCUGUUUGCACUGUCAGUGGUGUCAGUAUUUAUUGAUUUAGCUAACAUUUUCUGGAGUGUACGCAGGAUAAGAAUAGUUAUUUUGCUAAACAGUGUUAAUUUAUUUUUAUUUUAUUAAUUUACAUGGAAAAAUAUGUUAACUUUUAACUUUCUGUUGCAGCAUCUUCGUGUUUCAGUGCCAGAAGAUCUUGCUGCUGAUUUAGGCAAGUGCCAAAAAUAAAGAUAUUGAGCGCCUUGGUCAAAUGAAGGAAAUAUUCUUGCAAAAUGCAUGUUAAAUUUUUAGAAUCAAAAUACGUAAUUUUGAUGGAAAAGGGUAUUUCUCACAAAAUGUUGCUGAUGUCUUUCUUUGAGUGCACUUUGUAAGUAUGCAUGUAUAUAUUACAUCUUAAUGAAGAUGAAUUCUUUGUUUUUUCUUAUUAUAUAAUAUUUUAGUAAAUGGCUGUGAUGAGUUUUCCUUAAUUUCAUAUGCAUGAGUGGAAAUAUUUCUAUGACGUCCGUUGGCUAAAGGAAUCUUUAUUUUCAUUUCUAUCAUUGAUAUAAAAGUUAUAGCUGCCAGGAACUGCAGUGAGGUGACACCUGCCUUAAGUGUCGACUUUCUAGUUCUGCCCUUCACUCAUACAGGUUUUUAAAUUUAAAUCACAUAGAUGACAGGUCCACUUAGUCUGAGAUAUCUGGUAGGUUCUAAAUGACGUAGAAUUGAAUUUGAAUGUUUCUAUUCUAUAUGAAUAUUUGUUUCUCAAUUUGCAAAUUAACAGAAAAAAGACGCCAAGAACUUAUUCCUGAAGAUCUGCAGCGACAGUAUGUCCAAACAGUGCAAGACAAGCUUUACCCAGAAGUACAAAAGCUUCUAGAAGACUUCAGGUAAAUCUAACUAUACCUUUUAAUUACAGCUGUAUGGCCUUAAAAUAUGUCCUAACAAUCCAAACUAUAAUGACAUACACGAGGUCUUAUUUAAUGUCAAUAGCUCUGCAGAGUUUUGCACAAACUAUAUCACAAGGUCCUUCAAUACACCUAAGAGUUCUUUAGACCCUAAACUGUGAUGACAAGCAGAAGAUUCAGCAACACUGCAACUUCAGUGAGGGAAUUUGAUAAGAGCAUGACUGGUGGGCUUGACAAAUAUGCUGUUGGUCUAUAACUUUGCCAGGUCAUCCACUUAGAUGUUCUAAAUAAAUUCAUUAACUGCGGAAGUAUCGUUGCCGAGUAUUAUUAUAUUUAUUUUUUUGGUCAAAUUGAGGAUAGAGAGACAGUAGUGCUUUUUUGUCAAGUACCAGCAAAAUGUGUGUAAGUACCUUUUACAUUAUUGUAUACAUUAGCCUGUAAUAACUUGCAUCAUAACGAGUAAUUAAUCAAAUGCAUUAGUAUUAACUGUAAACCCCUGUUCUCUUGCCAGGCAGAAGCGCAGCAUGGGAUUGACCUUGGCUGAUGGAGAACUAGCCAAACUGGGUGCAGAACGCUCAAAAGAUCGAAGCACUUUAGAGAAAGAGCGAGUCUUCGCAGAAAGCAUUAUUCAGAAGGUUGAGGAGGUCUUGUAAGUAAAUAUGUGGGCUAGUAGAACAGUCAGUAACCUUAAAGGGAUACUGUUGACGCUGUAACUGUCAUCUCUUUGAAGUGGCUAUAUUGUCUGGAGUCCCCUCACGCUGUCCUUUCAUGCAGCAUUAAACUGUUUUUAAUCUUUUGAUGCUAAAGAAAAGUCCCCAGAAGUCCAUCCCCUCUGCUGCUUUGGCUAAUGAGGAAGCAAUGGGUGCUGUGAUUGGUUGAGAGUGUCAGCUGACUGCUUCCAUCCUAUCACAGCACUCAUUGCUGGUAUGAAUGAGAAGAAAGUGUGCAAUUUCUGCUUAAACAAUUUCUUCAGUGGGGACUGGGAUGUGGGCUAUUAGGCACUAUAAACCAGUCAGAUGAAGUGGUCAUAGUGCCUACAGUGUGCCUUUUUAUAUUUAAUUUCUGUCAAUGUGAUCAUAGUAGUAAAUGAACCGGGCUUCAUGUAGAGUGUUCUUCACCAUCUUGUGGGGACACCCCUCUUCUCUUCUAAAAUCUUCAGUCAUUAAAAAGGUAAUUGUAUUCUCUGGACAUGAAUUUGAAAUAUUGUUUCAUGGCGUUGCUAUUGACCAGCCUUUCUUCUAUUUCACAGACUAGCUUCACAACCACAUGAGGAAGAAAAAAGGUAAGGAGUGUUAGAGCAGUGGCGAGUUACCUUUCAACGUUUUUUUUUUUUCAAUUUGACAAUUUUUUAUUUUCAUAGUUUAAUGGGGGGUUGGGUACAGAAAGGAAGAAGGGGGGGGGUUCAAAAGGUGUCAGAUUCAUAACAUUUUGGUAAAUAUUUAUGAGCUCUGUCCUAGAUGGUUGAUUCGUUAUACAGAGGUCGUCAAAUAUCGUGAAUGCAGCUCUCAAUAACCUAAUACAUAGUGACAUUUUGCUUGCACAUCCUUGCUAUGUCUCCUCUGUUUUCUGCUUACACCUAUGCUCUAGUGUUGAGAGGGACUGCAGCAUUGUCGACUGUACCUGGAUUGUGUUGGGGGGGGGGUGGGUAUAGGGUAGGUAAGUUACAACAUAUGUACAUGUGGGUACUUGUGUAUGUUGGGUGGUCAUCGUUUGUGUCAUCACUCGUCUAGUGUAUUGUGGUUGACUACACUCUCAGCUGGGUCUCGUCUUAUAGGGGACCUGUGUUAUGAUCUAGGCUAUAUCUUUGCUUUUAGUUCUUACUCACAUAUAUACCCAUAUACAGAUAGAAGUGGCGUUCUCUGGGCUUCUCGCUUGUCCCUGUGUGGUUCUGGUGGGACUUUCUGCCUGAUUAACGGAAAGGCCGUUUGUUACCUUUGUUUCUGCGUAUUACAGUUGCUCACUCAUUCAUCCUCUGUUCCCUGGUGUCUCACUAUGUGCCAGUAUGCUUCCCACAAUCAGGGUGCAAGCUGCUAUCAGUGAGUGGAAUAAAAGUUUGGAGUGUACCUUAGUUAAGUUGUCGUGCCAUAUAUACAGGAGGCAUAUCUCCGGGGUUAAGUCAGUUUGCAUUGGUAGUAGGAGGUUGAGGAUUUCGCCCACCAUUGCCAAAUAGGGCCCAAUGAGCUCAAACGACCACCAUAUGUGAUAAAAUUAUCCCUUUUCAGAUUGGCAUCGCCAACAUUUAGAGGAAGUGCUUGGAAAAAUUAGUGCUAACCUUGUUGCAACUAAGUACCAUCUAUAUUGUAAUUUACGUAUCUGUUCAAAGUGAGUGAUGCAUUUUGUGUUCCCUUUGUGAGCUGUGUGUGCUCUGCUCCAUUAUGUAGUUGUAAAGGAGCAACCUAGGUCUUCGUGCCAUGCUUGGGUAUAUUUGUCAUUGGGCUCUACUUUGUCCAGUAGUGUUGUGUAGAUUAUCAAAAAAAAUUUUUAUGCAUCAUACCUCUGAGACACCAAGAGUCAAAUUUGGAGAGGGUGGGCACCCUCCGUUGCAGUAGGGACUUGAGUUGGAGGUAGGAAAAAAUGUCUCUGCUGGGGAGGUGAAACUGAGUUUGCAGGUCUGGAAAUGUUUUGAGCUUGGAAAUGUUUUGAGCAUCCUGCUUUUACCCAUAUGUUGUAGUCAAAGGUCUGGUUUCUUAAGUAUAUGCUGUACAUUGGUGUGGCUAGUGAUGUCGCCGAGGGUCCACUGAGAUGUUCCUGGUAUUGGUCCCACACAGUUAACAAUAGUGUAGUUGUUACUAGCGCCUGUGGCAUUGCUGGUCUCUGUGCUUUUGGUACCCAGAAUAAAUAGUGUAGACCGGCUUUGCAGGACCAGUGUGAUUCAAUAGCUACCCAUUGUGGUGUGUUGUGUUGUAUGUGGGUGCUUGCUAUUGUGGAAAGGAUUGCAGCUUUGUAAUAUAGUUUUAUGUCUGGGAGGUUCAUUCCUCCCUUCGCUAUUGGUUUUUUGAGUGUGGAGCUUGUGGAAUAGGUAUUGUAGUUACGACAUUUUGAAUGCCGCCAUCCGCCCGUACCAGGAUAUAAAGUCCCCACUCCAGGUUUGAAGUGUCUGUGCUAUCUCCUGAUAUAGUUUCUCAUAGUUGUGUUUGUGUAGAAGGUGUGUCGUUCUGGCUAGUCUGAUCCCCAGGAGGUUAUGUAAUCAUCCCUCCAAUCAAAAUUAAAGGAUGCCUUAAGGGUCUGCAUUAUGGACCCAGGAAGGUCCAAGCCCAUUGUCUGUGUUUUGGUAAAAUUUAGUUUAUAGUAAGAGACCGCGUUGUAGUCAUUUAUGCAUUGUAGUAAGUUUGGGAGUGAGAUGUGUGGUUGUGCCAGGGUCAGUAUUCCAUGGAUGGAUGGAUUUGCUCGUUUCACUGAAGCUACGGGUUCCAAUGCCAGCACAUAGAGCAGGGGCGACAAGGGGCACCCCUGUCUAGUUCCAUUUGUGAUUUUAAAUUUGUCUGAAACAAAUCCAGAGUUAAGAACUCGUGCCGUUGGGGCCGAGUAUAAGGCCCUGACCACUGAGAUGAAGUCCCAGGGAGCCCAAACUUGUGGAGAACUGCCUCCAGGAACCCCCAUCCCAGUCUGUCAAGUGCCUUUUCCGCAUCGAGGGAGAGCAGCAGCCCUCCCCCUUGGAUGCUUUGAGGCUCUGCAUUAUACCGAGGACCUUUCUGGUGUUAUCCGCCCCCUGUCUUCCCAUCACAAACCUUACUUGGUCAUCAUGGAUGAUGUGGGGAAGUAAGGGUCUCAAUCUCAAUGCGUAAAGUUUGGCUAGGAGUUUUGCAUCCGUGUUGAGGAGCAAGAUAGGUCUAAAAUUUUGCGGGCCUGUUGGCGGUUUCCCUGGUUUGGGGAGGGUAAUUAUGUGUGCCAGCUGUAUUUCCUCGGGGAGGGAUUCUCCUCUUAUUGCUUCAUUGAAGACUGCUGCUAAUUGAGGUGCCAGUAUCUCCUGGAAUUUGUUGUAGUAGGAGUUGGCAAAACCAUCUGGGCCUUUCGGCAGGGUUUUUAUUGUGGCGAUAACCUCUUGAUAGGUGAUAGGCUUGGCCAACGUUUCUUGUUGGUGGGUCGUUAGGGUGGGUUGGUCCAGUCUGUUUAAAUAUGUCGCUAUGUCAGAGUCCGUGGGGGUGCGUGUGGCUGGGUCGUGUUUGAGGUUGUAAAGAUCUGAAUAAUAUCUUGCAAAUUCAUUGCUAAUAUCAGUCGGUGUCAUUGCUUUCUCUCCCCCUUUAGUGUUUAAAUAUGCAAUUUUCUGUACCUGUUGCUGUUUUUUUUAGUCUUAAGGCUAGCAGUUUACCUGCUCUGUUCCCCUGGGAGUAGUGGGUGGCUUUGAGUCUCCGCAGGUGGUACCCCACCUUGGUAAGCGCGUGUUGGCGGAUUUGUGAUCGUAUGUGGGAAAUUUGCUCUCGUAGUAUCGGGGUUGGGUGGACCUGAUUUUGGGCUUCUAGUGUGUAAAGCUCUUUCGUAACUGGGUGUACGAUUUUUGUUUGAGGUAAGAGGCGCGCUUUAUAAGGAUUCCUCUAGCAACGGCUUUAUGGGCCUGCCAGAUCGUGUGGUGUGGGAGUGUGGGGCUUGUGUUUUCUAUAAAAUAUUGGUGUAGUGAGGUAGAUAGCUCGUCUGUGAAAGUCUGGUCUGAUAGGAGGGUUUCGUUGAGCCUCCAAGGGCUCCUGUGUUUGAAAUCAUAGGUGUCUUUAAGGAUCAGUUCUACUGGAGCAUGGUCUGACCACACUAUUUGUCCCACCCUGCAAUCGAUUAUCUGACCCAGUGCUGCUCCUCUCCAUCAAUCCUUGAGUAGGUGUUAUGGACUGUCGAGUGGUGCGUGUAGGCUGUAUUCUCCGAAUGCGAGACCCUCCAAACAUCGUAAUAAUGGUGUAGUGUUAGUAACUUCACUAGGGCCGUGCAUUGUCGUCUGAGCGGUUUAUACCUGGGGCUUUUGCUAGAGAGUGUUGUGUCCAUAGCCAGAUUUAGGACAUGGUUCAGGUCCCCGCAAAUUAUAGUCGUGCCUUGUUGGAUACCGGAGACUGCUUAUAAUCAUGUGUAGGAAAUUUAUUUGGUUUGUGUUAAGUGCGUAAAUAUUUGUUAUUGUGUAAAGGGCAUUGUUUAUGCGUCCCACUAUAAUAACGUACCUGCCCUCUCUGUCUGUGUCCACUAAUAUCAUUUCAAAGGCCAUCUUUCGACAUAUGAGGGUGGAGACCCCUUUAUAUUUUGUUUGUGAGAUGGAGUGGUAUUGGUAGGGAUAACGGUCUGUCAGUAUGUGGGGGUGGUUUGUCCCUCUCAAGUGGGUCUCCUGCAGGCAUACGAUGUCGGCAUCAUUUUGCCGUAUGUCCCUACCCAGGAGGUGCCUCUUCACCGGGAGGUUCAAUCCCCUCACAUUAUGGCUAUAAAUCUUUAUGGUGUCAUGUAUGGGAAGUAUCUGUAUAUUACCAGUUGACCUUUAGUUUUUGGAGGGGUCUGCCUCUCCCAGCUCGGUCGAGCAAGGCAGCUCUGCUCCUGUGUACCCCACAGAGGCAUAGUUGUGUUUCCUGGAUGUCCCAUACCAGAGUCCAGCUUCAGUGCAGGAACCUCAUCGGAUUCAGUAUGACAAAUGAUGACGGGUGUGCAUGGGCGACCCACUAGGCCCUUGUGUAGGGGGGGAAGGAUAGGUAGGGGUGUGCAAUAGGGUGAAAACACAGUAUAUAACAACAUACAAAAACUUUUCCAAACAUACUAAUAUGUAUUAUCUUAGUUGCCAAGAAUGUGGCUUGGCGCCUAUAGGAGAUGCCUUGGGGGUCGGAGCUGAGAGCUUCGAGCCCGGAAGGUGUAGCUUCCGCGAGGUCGGCCCUCGCUAACACGGUGGUUAAGUAAGGUGACCCUAAAAUGUUCAAUUCGUAUUCUCGUGUUCCGCUUAAGCUCGUCUAUGGAUAAUGGCCCUCGUGUGGGCUUUCAAUAAUGCCAUGCUCAUGUUAUUUACAUAUAUAUUACCCCUUCGUCUCCCAUCCUAAGUGCUGCGAUAAGGCAAUUAAACAACCAGUGGGUAUUAGUGCUCGGGCGUUUGCUGUACAUUCUAACCUUUCCCCUUGCAUUGCCCGGGUGUAAGGCUGUUUACAAAGCCUCUAGUACUAUUGUAAGGGUGUGUGAUGAUAAGGCACUAGCCUGUAAUCUUAAGUGUGCGGAAACCAUACAUUACAUUAUUCUUGCGAACCCAGGAAAGGCUGUGGUUGUAGCAUAGUCCAUGGCUUAUUGGCUAUUUGCGGGUUUUCUUCCAUGCUUGAGGUAAUCGUCCAGCUGCUUGGGCCUCCGGUUGUUGUGCCGGUGGGUUGAUUCCCCUGUCUUUAAGCGUUUGCAGUCCUUCUUCAGGUUUGCAAAUGGCGCUGAGGGACCCAUUUCUGUGUACCAGCAGCUUAGUCGGGUAUCCCAUCUGUAUGCGAUGUUAUUGCUUCUGAGAAAUUCAGUGAUGGCGCCAAAGGUUUUCCUCUUCUUGUGCGUCAUUGCUGAGAUGUCUUCGAAGACUUAGAUUUUUUGGUAUGUUGCUGGUAAGUCUUUGUGCAUGCGGCUGGCUUUUAUGAUCGCCUCUUUGGCGUGAUAGUAGUGCAUUUUAAGGACUAUAUCUCUGGGCGUAUCGGUGGGCAAAUAGUGCGGUUUUGCCACUCUGUGGAUUCUGUCCAUUAGCAGGACGUCUUGGGGCAAGUCCGGGACUAGGAAGUGUAAUAGUUCGGUGGCAUAUGCUGGUAAGUCUUGUGGGCCUAUGUUCUCUGGAAUAUUCCUCAGACGCAGGCUCCUCCGGCAUGCCCUAUCUUCCAGGUCAGCCAAUUUUGCCUCAUAAUCAUUAAUCCGAUCCCAUGCUUCCUCCACUUUAGUCACUAGGCGGUUAUGGGCCUCCACGUGCUCCUCCAUGUUUGACUCCAGCUCUGAUGUGCACGUUCCCAGCGCCUGGAUAUGUAAACGAUCUCUGCAGUGUGUCCUGUAGUUUUGAUGCCAUGCUGUCGAACAUCGCUUGUAGGCUUUCUGUUGUAAGUAUAAGGCCAGUUGGGUCUGGUUUUACCGCCUGAUCACCGUCUGCAUCGUCGCCAUCUUGGGAUUCCUCCGGCAGUGGCGCUCCCUUUGCCUGUCCUUGUUUGGUCCAGAAAAAGUGCAGCUUAUCUUGUUUUUCGGACGCUCGUUUUCCCUUCUGGUGAGACAUGGUUGGGUAAGCCUGUUGUUUUUCCUGGGAUUUAAGGGUCUUAAAUGCUGUGCGAGGGCCUAAUUUUCACGGAGCUAGCCAAGCAUGCGACCACUCGCGUUUGUUCCUGGUCACACACCCCUACCAUUAAACUUUUGAAUUCAUAUUCAUUCUCUUUUUUAAAUUUCUUAGUGUGUGUAGCGAAAAAUCUCAAUGAAUGCAGUAAUUCUGUUACCAAAUGCAAUAUUGUAGCAUCAUAAUAGCUCUGUAGCUGAUCUGGAUGGUAACUUAUUCAGAUGUUAAAAGUUCCAGGCUGCAACACUUAGUUGUUGCACAGCCCUUUAUGCCACUUCUGACAGCUAGUUAGGAGUAACAAGAGCUCUGCUUCUACCAAUGCUCAUCACUGCGCAGCCCCUAGAUGUUUGGAGUGAUUUAAAUCCCUUUUACUCAUACUUUACGGGCUAUAAAAAAAGAAUCAUAUUGGAAAAAGUUUUGCAUUCUCUAGUAGGACAGCAGUAAAACUACGGUAUUUGUGUUCACCAUAUCUGUUCAAGAGUAACAAUGUACCCUGGCUUGCAAGAAUGGGUAAUUAUCACUUUAAACCAAAAUAGACCUAUGUGUAACUCCAGAUUGUUUUAACGGACAAAAUUUAUUAGAUAAGAUUUCACUGAGAUUUUAAUUUCACCUUCCACUUUAAUCACCUGUAAUUAAGUUUUUUGGGUGGAGCUACCUUGGACUGUACUGAAAUAUUUUUGCAGUCUGGGAGUUCAACAUUGUGGUGACUUUAACUUGGAGUUGCUACCAACAUGUUCUUGUUGGUGAUACUGUUACAACUUCUAUAACACAGGCAAUAUAUAAGAUAAAAGAGCAGUUAACAGUACACCAGAUUAUCUGUAUAGUUGGUGGCAAGCAAUAUAUCGGGCAGACUGAUGUCCCAAGGCACGGAUAAAGGAAUCUUUCAUUGUCCGAUAAAACUAUGUUAGUAAGGGCAUUACUAGCUGUGAUGUUUAUCAUUAUUUACCAUUCCUAGCUGUGAUGUUUUGUCAUUUUUAAUUAUCAUUUUCUGGCCAUAGAGAGAGACAAACAUAUAUUUAGGGAUGGCUAUAGAUCCAAGGCACUUCCAUGUCGGGAGGUCUUUUAACUGUUUACACUGUCCACAAAGAUUCCUAGUUGAUUUAGAGAGGAAUUUGGAGGUGGGAACAUUUUCACGUAUUUAGGUUUUCUUGUUCUCUUUUUAUCCCUUGUCUCCCUUGUUAGGUACCCUGUUGUCCUAAGACUUGUCUUGAAAGGAGAAUGCACAUGUUUAAUAAUGCAAGAGCAAUACUAGAGUGCUGCUCUCACCUCUUUCUACACAAUUCUGCAGUUGCUUGUAAAUUUACUGAUGAACACUUGUGAGGAUUAACCUGAAUAUUGUUAAGUUUUAAUUUUUUCCCACUUCCUAUCUGGCUGUCAAUUGUUGCUUAAUUCACAUCUCACACAAUUAUAUCUAGUAGUAUUUAGUCAUAAAAUAAUCUUUUGUGUCACUUUUCCACCCAGCAACACUAUCCAGUAUGUGAUCUUAAGCUAUAUGAAACAUCUUGGUGUGAAGGUUAAAGAAUCUCGAAGCCUAGAACAGAAGCGUGGCCGCAUUGGUUUCUUGCCUAAAAUUAAGGUAUGAAUGUAAACUAGUAAAUGCUUUACAAAAUAUUUAGUCAGUUUUUCAUAUACAAGUAACAUUUAACAAGCCGUAAGGGUUUAGGCGAGUGAGUUAAAAUAUUCAUGCAAAUAGUUCUAGAUUGUAACUAGUUCAUAGUUAUAGACAGUUGUACAGUCAUAGGAAAAAUAAAGUACACCCUCUUUGAAUUCUAUGGUUUUACAUAUCAAGACAUAAUAACAAUGAUCUAUUCCUUAGCAGGUCCUAAAAUUAGGUAAAUACAACAUCACAUGACACAAACAAGCUCAUGUAACACCUUACUUUACACAAAGCAGACAUAACAAUACUCAAAACUAAGUAGAGAAUCAUGUUCCUUGAAUGAGCCUUGUCUACUGUUUAGGGAUUUCAGGCUGUGUUCAGCAGUUGGCAGGGCCACUGCCCAGAGUGGAGAGAGUGUUUAUUCCAUACAGCGUGCACUUUUCUGCACGUCUGCAGGAGGCCUCUAAUAUUGAAGUAGCAUAAUCACAGUCUUUUUCCCAAAAGAUAAGGUAAAAAAGAGAACUGUGAAAUACACUAAACAAAAAAAUCCCCCAACAUUCUAUACAGGAUUCUUUAAUUCACAACAAAUAUAUGUUUGUGAUUGCAAAUUAUAGACCGUUCCAGCUUUUUCAUUCAUUGUUGUGUCCUCUUUGACCAUAAAAUAACCUUAAGAUAACUUUACAUUUUUUUUGCUUGUAGCAAAGCAUGAAGAAAGACAAAGAGGGGGAGGAAAAAGGGAAGCGCAGAGGGUUCUCCAGCAUACUAGGACCUCCACGGAGACCAAGUCGCCAAGACAGUAAUGCAAGUAAGUAUGAGCUAGUAACAACUUGACACAGAAAGUUAUGCUUUAGUUAAUAUUACGUUUUAGUGUAAAUGAGCAUUCUAUAUUCAGGAAUGCAAACAUGUAUUCCUUACACUAUAGUGCUGGUGUGGAUGUUUAGGUGACCAGCCCGCUCUGAUCAUGCUGAAAAGGUGAGUUUACUUACCUUUUUUUUCCCCCCAUUGUGCUGGUAUUGCCAAGGCUGACUUUGCCUUAAUGGCUGAAUUAAUCUCUCUCCCAUAGACAGCAUUGGGAGGCUAUAGCAAUACAUCUGUAUGAGGAACAGUCGGUGUCACUCUGUGCAGCUCUGGACAAGGAAGCACCAAAAAAUGGUGUUAAAAUAUAUACUUAAAAUACUUAUGUCAUCAAGUGUUUCUUUUUGCUUAGAAAAACAAAAUAAUGCAGACUUACCACUUAGUGACCGCGGACGUAUCUGGUACAUCCGCAGCAAAUUUGAGCGCUGGAAGCGAUCAUGAUCGCUUUCAGCCGCUCUAACGGUAUUGCAGCAAUGCCUCGAUGUUGAUAGGAUCGAGGCGGGAAGAAGGUUGGUGUAGCCUGCCAGUUGUAACCCUGCUUUAGUAAUGUACAUCAUAAGUGCCGUAAAUAAAUACAUUUUCCUGCAUCUUACAACUGGUAAAAAAUCCAUCCCUGUCAAUGAGACAUGUGGGUUUUAGUAUUUACCUACUAAUUAAGAAACUGUACAUGGUUGUGACUUUGCCUUAAGCUUUUUUCAAGAGCCAGAAAGUACGCUACUCACAAACGUACAGUUUUGUAUGUCAUUUUCAAGUAAUCUUUCCUAUGUUUUUAUAUAGUAUCUAGGGCCAUGGAAAUACAAAAGCAGAGGCACCAUAAGCACUUAUCCACAUCCUCAUCCAGUAGCCCUGAACCAGCAGAAGGUAGCAGAUUACGCUCCAGUGGUGGAUCAGUAGAGGUUCCAGAUGGAUAUUUUGUCCAAAUAUCCACAACAAAGCUACUCCCGGUUUUCAGCUCCUCAGAAGAGGGCAAAGAAGUGGAAGGAGGUAAGUGCCAACAUAACAUCUAACAGAACUACUAUUAAUGUGCUUAAACUUGGAAUAAGUGCUCUGUUAACACUGAUAACUGAGCUGCAACAUUUGUAUUUUUCAGUUACCCAGAUUUUCUUAAUAUUAUUACUUGCUUUUCAGCUCUGAAAGCUGAGGUCUUGCCCUCUGAUUCUAGUGAAGGGACAUCUCGUAUAUCUGGUACCAUCUUUGAUAGCCCAUCCUCUCCUUUAGACCUUCUUCAUGAAGAUGUUGGCGAUACUGAUCGGUAUGAAUUGUACACUUAUAUUUGAUGUCUUGGAAUAUAACUUUUCCUUAAUUUACAUCUUUCCAUUUAUGGGUGUUACUUUUUUUUCUUCAUCAUUCAUAUCAGGUCUAGUGAACUGGGGACUCCAAAGCCUUUCAGAAAGUGAGUAUAAUAAUGUACAAAAUGUAUUUAAAUAAACAAAAUGUAUGUUCUGGUCUAAUGCUUAUAUACUAUGAUAUGUUUAUUAUAUAUGGUUUCUUCUUUUAUUGUCUUGUAUUAUAAAUUUUUUUCUUUUCUUCUGAUUUGUCGUUGACAAACAAGGUAUGUCUUAGAUAUACCACAGGCAUGUUAUAAUAUCAUUACACACCAGUCACUAGAGUGGAAAACAAGCUUGUUGUCAGUGAUUUAUUAUUAAUUAAAAUAUUGAACUACCUGUUAAAAAUUAAAAUCAUCCACAUCUACAGAUGUUUCUAUAUUCAACACAGACCAUGCCCCCUAUUUUAACUUUACAAGUGAAAACAUUGAUAUUCUGCAGAACUCCAGUGUUUAUAUUGCAGAGCUUAAAUGCCUCUAGUGGCUGUCAUUCAGAGGAAAUAGCACAGUGUGGCGUUUUGCUGCACAUGCCCACCAGCCUCCCACUGCUUUCCUAUGAGAAAGCAUUGGGCUGGGUGAGCUCAACUCUGCCCUUGAUCUUCCGGUAGUUCAGUCAACCACUGGAUGAGGUUGAUUGGAGUUAUAAUUCACAUAGCUAGUUAGCAAGAGGUUCCCUCAGUAACCCAUGGUAUCAGGUAUGUGUUUUUAACUCCCAUGAGCCUCAGCCAGAGUCUCACAGAGCAUGACAGAAGGUUUAUGUGACUGUUGGGCUAUGCAUGAGUAUUGUGCUAUAUGGGCGGUGGGCUGUUGUGGGCUGUGGAUGAUGCACUUCCUUUCUUUUGGUUCCCCAUUUCCUGGUCAUGUUGGCAGUUGGUGGAAUGUACUGGGGAAUAGAAAUGGUGGCUGCAGAAACCUUGCAGGCAGCAAUAUCAGGAACCUUGUAUAUAUGUAAUAAUAAAGUGAGUACUUGAUUAUACAGAAAUAAUUGACUGGUUUGUACAAGACAACAGAAACAUCAACACAUUUUACUAAACAUCACAGUUGAAGGUGAGGUAAAGCUUACAACCAAUUGAUGACCUUUUUUUUUUUUUUCUUUCUUUUUUUUUUUGCAUCUACUUCCUGCUGGACUAAUAUGGCAAAUUAAACAUCACAUUCAGUGUCUGCUUAAAAUAAUUGGUAAAAUAUUUGUCAGAAGCAAUUUGGGGAAGGUUUGGGUUUGACCAUUCAUGACUCUCACCUAUUUUUUCUAUAUUUUACACUUAUUUUGCCAUAUUUAUUCCUAAGCUAUUUGGGACUCAUUUCUGAGUCAUUUAAAUAGAUUUUCUGAUCAUCUUCAAUUCACGUGAACUGCGAGUAGGUUUUGCACAUUUAAAAGAUAUGAACUACCACAGAAUUUAGCCCCCAAAAUAAAAAGUGACGAUUGUUUUCUCUAUGAACCCAAAAAAGAAACCUUGCUGUUGCUUUUUUAGUUGAAACAUGAAACAAGUGUAGGGAUAGUAAAUAUGCACACUAGAUUUCUUACACAACCAAUUUCACUGACAUCUUGCAUUACAAGAUCAAAUAAAACACUUCAGAAAUAUAAGUUACAUGCACAUAUUGCUCUAUAAAAAAAAAUAAUGUUUGCUAACUACUGUCAUUAAAAUACAGUGAUUUACAACGAAUUAUUUCAAUAAACUGACGACUUUAUAACACUUUUUAGGAGCUUUCUUUUCUUACUGUCUCCUUAACCAUUUCACUUCACUCCAUUUCUUUGCACAGAUUGGAGAGCAUGAGUCUUAUUGAAUGUCAAAGUGAGGACGAACUGUACGAUAUGGGUCUGGAGACUGAUCCCCCUAACUGGCAGCAGCUUGUGAGCAGAGAUAUCCUAAUGGGUCUGAAACCACAUGAAAUCAAACAACAAGAGGUUAUAAAUGGUGCGGAGCUAAAUUAAAUAGCAUUAAUAUUCCACAUGCCUAUCGUUUGCAUCAUUGUGGAUGUGUUGUUGUUUUCAUCUGCCUACAAUGGAAUAAUCCUAUGCAGUAUCCACUAUUAAGUGUUUGUUUUACACUGAAAGUGAAUUUACCUUCUAUUUAUCAAUGUAUAUGUGAAAAAAAAAAUCAUAGUGGUUAAAAAUGUGAAGAACUUAUUUUGAAUAUUAUCUGACAGCAAACCUUAUUUUUCCUUUUUGAACAAAUUACAUUGAAGUAUAAAAUGUGUUUUGUUUUUGUUUGUUUUUUCUUCCUUUGGGUUUAAACAUAGUUCAUACUUGCUGAGGUAAUGUCAAAUUAAUCGCUUAGGUUUCUUUUGUGUUAGAUUAGAAACGUCUUCUUCUCAGUCCUUAGAUCCUUUUUGAACAUAAAUUACUUUUUCAGGCAGUUUACUUUAUUUUAUUUUAAUCUUAGAGCAGCUCUGGGACUGAGCUCACCUUGAACAAAAGACAUAUCUAGACAGUGCUUUCAUUCUGUGUUGAGUUAUGAAUUAUAGCUUUGUUGCACAUAUUCUUAUUUUCUUUUGCCAGUUUUCUACCCACCACCCUCCCAAAUCAAAGCUUUACUAUUAAAGAACGCUUUAUUUUCUUUGAAAUGGCAACUGCAGCUAUAAUAAUGUGUGCCAGGGAUUUAUUUAAUCCAGAAGUGACUAAUAUCUGUUGGCAUUCUGUAAUAUUAAUUAUACUGUAUAGAAAGAUUGCUUCUGACAUAACUAUUCUUGUUUACUUUUUGUUCUUCUCUAACAGAGUUGUUUUACACCGAGCGAGCUCAUGUUAGAACACUCAAUGUCCUAGAUCAGGUGUUUCACCAGCGUGUGAUUCGUGAAAGUCUUUUAACUGCUGCAGAAACCCGUAGUGUGUUCUCCAACUUGGAGGAGAUCCUGCAGAUACAUGGUUAGUGGUCAAAGGGAAUAUCUGAACAGACAUCUUUGUUUUACUACAGCUUAGAUUUGUAGACUCAGCAUUGAAUAAUAGUACCCAGUGAGUCCAGGCACACAGGCUUGUGAAAUGGAAAUUUAUUUUACACCCAACCACCUUCAUAAAUAUACUUAUGUCUCCACCUAUAUCUAUUAAUAAUGAAUAAUGUUUUUACUAUACUGGCAUAGUUGAAGAAAAAAAGUCUUGUUCAUAUAGUAUUGACCUGUGGUAGGCUGCAGAAGCUUUAUGGAGACAUUACUUUGUCUUCGGGGGAGACAGCCACUUGAACUACAAUGUUUAACAUUGCAACACUAAGUGCAAUAGGGACACUGUACCCAGACCACUUCAAUAAGCUGAAGUGGUCUGGGUGUAUUUUUAAGUACACAUACCUAACUGACAUUGUAUCCAUUCAUAUAUCCAGAUUAGGGUUAUGGAUUUUAUUGUGCUAAAAAAAAUUAUGAAACAAACUAUUACAAGUUAGUCAAGGAAUGAAAACCGUACCAAUAAUUAAAUUUAGCAGAUUUAUAUCAUGCCGGAGAUCACUUUUACACUCUAACUGUAGAUUUCUGCUCUCUAUCAUGUCUUAUUGUCAAAAAUAAAUAUUAAGGCCAUGAUUUAAUAUUUUUAGAUACGAUUUUCAAAUUAUCACAAUCUGUUAGAAAAACUUUUCAAAUGAUUCAUAAAUCAUCAUUGAAGUCUAGCUUUUUUUUUGUGUAGAUAAAUCAUCUGAAAUUGUUUUUCGUAACAAAAUUAAAUCAAGGCCUAAAUUGGUAAAGUUUAUACCAUUGGUAACAUGUGGUAUUCUUUUAUUUGUGGUAAAGCUAUGGUAACUUAGCUUUAUGCAAAUAUUUAUUUUGCUCUCCCACCAAUCUGCAUGAUUAGUAAAAGAAAGAAAAUGGAAAGUUUCACGUUUUAUUACCCAAGUAACCUUGUAGCAUUUGUCAUUUUUUUCUCUAAAGACUACAAAUUAUUAAUGCACUUUCCACUCUUCUAAGUUGGUUUAAAUGAACAGAUGAAAGCUGUCCGGAAACGCUAUGAAACCUCUUUGAUCGGUCAGAUUGGUGAUGAUGUACUCAGUUGGGUAAGUUGACCUGCUGUUUAGUUGGAAGUUCUGUGCGUAAACCCAUGAAGUACACGUCAUGAUUUAUUCUCUUUUGAUCACAGUUCAGUGGACCUGAGGAGGAGAAACUGAAGCAGGCAGUUGCCACCUUUUGCAGUAAUCAGCCCUUUGCUUUAGACAUGAUCAAAUCUCGACAGAAAAAAGACUCAAGGUUCCUGACAUUUGUACAGGUGAAAGAAAUAAAAUAUGUGUAAAUGGAAUGCAAUCAUAUGUUUUCCAAAAAAAGUAGACAUUGGCUUCAGAUUUUAAAGUAAUUGGGGGGGUGGGAAUUGCUAGAUUUGUACAAGUUUGUAAACCAGAUAUCUUUUGUUGUGAUUUUAGAAGAGAUUUGAAAAAAAAUAAUAUAUAUAGAAUUACCAGCAGGGCAUUGUUGUAUUAAGACGUGCAAUUCAGAUUUGCCCUGACAGUCACUUAGAUAUCCAGUGUAUAUCAGGGUCCUGUAGUAAUCAAAACUACAAAACUAAUCAACUGUAAUCAAAAUUAACAGGGAACACUCUAACAAUAACAAAUUAUUGGCCAAUGAGUGAUUUGUGUGAUACUCCCUAAACAUGUGCAAGAGUAAAGCAUUGACAAAGUUUAGGGCAACUGAAGCCCUGACAGUCACUUAGAUAUCCAGUGUAUAUCAGGGUCCUGUAGUAAUCAAAACUACAAAACUAAUCAACUGUAAUCAAAAUUAACAGGGAACACUCUAACAAUAACAAAUUAAUUAUUUAUUAUUAAUGUCGGUGUUCCUAUACUUGCUAUAGCAUUUUAUUCUGUAUCACACAAUAACAUUUGCUUUUGUAACUGUGAUUUCCUUUCCUCUUUAUUCACUUCUCUUUAUGUAUCAUAUUUUAACCUCAGGUUCUUGUUUAAAUAAAGUUUAGUAUUAUUAUUUAUGAUUUCUUGUUUUGCCAUUACCUUUGAAUGAUUUAAUUUAGGAGGUAAUUUCAGUAAAGUGGGUUUCUGCCCUUGCCAGGUGGACUCCUUUACCUUAUUUGUAUGUAUUUUCUACAGCUUAAUGUAGUUGUUCUAGUAAGUAUAAUUAUUCCCUGCAAGCAUUUUCAUGCAAACAAUGGGUUUUAUAUAUAUAUAUUUAUUUAUUUAUUUUUCCAGUUUCUUUUCUUCCUGAUUUACCGCUUGUUAUACUGGCACUUUUAGUUGACAUUCAUGCUCAAGUGUGAAUCCUUGGUACUUUAAAGUGUAUUUCAAAUUUUAGGUCAAAGUAGCUGGCUUGGAGAAUUUUUGCAAUUUGACCAUUUUGACUAAACUUUUGAACCCAGCCUGAGAUCACUGAUUCUCUCUUUUUGUGAAUAACCCCGAUAGACUUACGGUCAAAUAUUUUGUUAUUCUAAGCUUCAUCAUCACGUUCAGCUCUUUAGUUAUACAGUCUUUUUUUUUUUUUAUCAUUUUAUGUUCCUUUAGCAUAUAUUGGUGAUGUUGCUUAUGUGCAUGUAAUUAUCAGUGAAAUAUAAUAACUCAUGUUUGACACUCCUUUGCAGGAUGCAGAGAGUAACCCACUGUGCAGACGUCAGCAGCUGAAAGAUAUUAUUCCAACUGAGAUGCAGAGGCUAACCAAAUAUCCACUUUUACUUGAUAAUAUUGCCAAGUACUCAGGUAAUUAUCUCAUUGCGGUUUUACGAAUCUGACAGAAUUAUCCACUGCCUCUUAAACAUACUUCAGUUUUUGACAUUUCCUUUACUAGCUAAGCAGAAAACUCUUCCCUCCCCCCACCACCCAUUAAUCCCUUUGGGUGUUCAUUUGAUUGAUAUCACACUGAAAUUCUACUUAUGGUGGACUGCGCAGUGAAAAUAUAUGUUUGUACAAAUAGACUUUUGUUUCUGCUUCUGUACGAUUGAUAGCAGGAAUGUUUGAGAACCUAUCCAUCAAAGUUUGAUUACAAGGGUAUAAGACAAAUUUUGAUUCUUUUUGGGUUCACCGUUUUUGUCAUUUGACAAGCUCUUUCCCUCUCAAUUUAGUAGUCUUUCUUGAUUCUCCUCUAUAAUUGAAUGUAUUUGAAAAAAAGAUCAGCCUAAGUAGGGCUCACAGGGGAUUAACAUGCUUUUCUGAAAGUCAUCCUGUCAUGGCAAAAUCACACAUUUUGUAAACUAAUGCAGUUUUAAGAAAGUUCUUGAUAUUCGUGUUGACAAUACUAUUGCAACUGGUAUGGGACUUCUGAAGGUGUGACACAUAAAUGCUAAAAAAAAACAAAAAAAACACACUAAUGAAUAAUCCAGAUUUUUCCAUUAUGCAGGUAUCCAAAAGUGUUUUCAGACAUAAUGUUGGAUACAACUCUACAACUGUAGCAUAACAUUUUUAGGGAGAUUUAUUCUUAAUGGACAAUGACACAAAUUAAUUUAUUUGGUCAUACAUAUCAAGGUAGUGUCCAGAUGCUGAUUACGUAACACACAUUUUGGCUGAAAAUUGAGGAAAUGCAUUAUCGGGACAGAAGCAGAGAAUAUUUUGGCUGAAUAAUGAGAAGAAGCAUUACAGUGACAGUAGCAUAGAGGGUAUAUUUUGCAUGCCUGGUAUGCUUUGUUUUUUGGGGGGGAUUUCAUUUACAACCUCUUUACACCACAAACAUUACAAUAUGUUAUGAUCAUUAGCCAUCUGCACACUAUUGUAGGUUAUAGCCAAUCUGGUUGAAUAUGGCAGUACAUUUCAGAUUUUUUUUUUACUUGUUUUGACUAUCCUUGUUUGCUCUUCAUCUCAGAUAUUGUCUGUCUUCUGAAUGGAUAUACCAUUCAGAAAAAUGCAGCAGGUUUAUCACAAAUAAAUAUCAAGAUCAAUCUUAUGGUCAGGCCAGUAGAGCUAGAAUGGCAAAACAGUCCCACAUUAUUUUUUCCCCAAGGACUUUUCUAGGUAAAGUCACAGAGAGCCUUCACAUGGAAUAACUAGAGUGAUCAUUACAAAUUAAAAGGAUCACAAUAACUGUGCUGUGGUGAUUUCUAUCAAUUUAUUUUGUUUUGAAGUCACAACCCAUGGCUUUUUCUGUUCUCCCUACAAGUAAAACCGUACAGACCUUUAUUCGUAGUUUUAAGUGUUUCUGGUCUCUUAAAUUGGAAUAUUGAUUGCCUCUUUAAAACUUAAGUUCUCUGUGGAAAAUCUAGAUCAGCUCUGCUAAUCAAUACCUUGGACUUUAAAGCUAUUGCAAGGGCUCUGCUGACUUGUCACCCCUUACCAUUCAAGCAAUGCUGCUUACAUAAACCACAAGGAGACAUAAGCACUGACAGAAAUGACAUGCAUCAUGUUCUCGGCAGGUUGAUAAUUCCAUUUCAGCUGUUUGAACCCCUAGGGCAGACUACUGAGAAGUUGAUUUUUUUUCAGUCAGCAAGUUUUCGCUAAAGGCAACUGACAUGAAAUAUAGGAAUUCUAAAGAUGGAUGUAGUCGAAAGCAGGCUCUACAGUCCUGCUUAACAUCAGGGAGCCAUUUAGUAUCUGUCACUGAAAAAAUGCAUUGUUAUUGUGUUUUAUAUAUAUAUAUAUAUAUAUAUAUAUAUAUAUAUAUAUAUAUAUUUCUAUAUUAUACACAGCUUUUCCUUUAUAUUUCUAACUUUCCAUACUGUGUGAAAUAUAGCAUGUGAUUUUGUUGUACAAUAUACAAUGUUCACUCUGCAUUGGAUCUAAACUCUGCUGAUAUUUUACAAAUGUAUUGUUAUCUAGUAAUUACAGAGACAGUUAAUUAUUACCCCACAUGUAUUGACCUGUAUUUUCUGGUGUGUCAUACUGUAGCACUAUACUGAAGGUUGUUAGUCAGUGGUUGGUAAGGUUAAAGCAGAUCCUGAUGUAUCUACUGUGUGUUGUAUAGUUGUGCUAUGCAUUUCCACGUUGGCUAGGCAUUCAGUGUGGCUGGCUCAGGUUGCAUUCUCUACAUUCUGAUUGUGUAAUCUGCUCUCCUGUGUGAGAAGUGAUCACUUGCAUAAUUCCUAUUCACAUGUCUUGUACCUGUUGCAAUGUUUAGUAUGCUGAUACUAAUGUUUAUAGUUAUAUGUGAUGUUAGUUGUGUAAUUAUACCUGAAAGACGUAGUAUAAUGUCCCCAUGAAUGUAUUUUGUUGUGAAAUAUAUUUACUAUUUGCUAGGCAAAGGCUAAGGCUGCUGAAUAGAUAAUGAAUAGGCCUUCACAGUGGCAUUUUUUUCUUCCUGUAUUGUGUUACUGUCCAUUGGUGGUUGUUUUAGAAGCUGUACAGGUGAUAGAUGCACAUUCCUCAGUUCUAUACUGAAUGCAUAUCAUUACCCUUUGGUCAUAGUGCUAUUAGGUCCCCACUGGUCUGUUUCCAAAAUGUACAUUUUGAUGAUUUGUGCUUGUAUUUAGUUCUCUUGUAACCUCCCCUUUUCUCUGAGGAUGAAAGAUCAGAUAUCCAUCCAAUAAAGUAACUAAUUGGCCCACUACAACAAGAGCUAUGUAUCUUGUUGAAACUGCAGAAACAUUAACUUCUAUCGGGCAUGGCCUGGAGAAAAACAUCACUGGAGGUUUCCUGAGAAACGAGAAGUAAUGUUCCACAUAGUGCGACAAGGACUAGGUCUUUUCUUUACAGCAAGAUGACAAGAUGCACACAUGACUUGAGAUGUCUGCAUGAGCUGUGAUUUAUCAUUCAGUUGAAUGAGAAUUAAUGGCCAUAUGCAACACAUCCAACAUUGACUUCUUGUUGGCUUGAAAAAUAAUGCAUGUGAAGGGGAGGUGACUUCUUUCCACUUGCAAAUGUUUUUGUCAUUCACUUAAAUGAGAACGCUGCUAUGUGGUUUAUGGAAAAUGUAUUGUACACUAUUUAGUGACAUUGUGAGUUGAAGUGGGCUGUUAGUGGGAGAAAAAAGUACAUACUUACAGCUAUGCUAAAUGUUUAUUAAACCAGUGAGAGAGGUCUUAUUGAGUUGUGACUCUCAUGGCCGACUUCAUAUUUGUAAAAUGUACAUAGAAUAAAUAGCAGCUGGAUUUAUAAAUAGAAUCCAGAUUGUGCAGAUUUUUUUUUUUUUCAUUGUCAUUUUAACUAAAUUUGAAAUACAUUUUGGUAAAGUGUACUACAGAUAUUAGACUUAACUCAGACACACAUGCUGAACUGGGUGUCCCGAUGCAUGUAGACUGCAGUUUUAUCGUCACUUCUACCUGCAAAUGAAUACAAUAAAACACUGUUUCUGUUUCGAGCUUAUGUACUUCUUAUUAGCUAAGUGUUCAUAUUUUAGUUGUAAAAAUGGAUCAGUCACCAAUUCUUCUGUUCUGCUGAACUAUAUACUAAAAUAUAUUCACUAGAAUGUUGAAAGUCACACAGUGUAAUAAGGUUCUCCAUUGAAGUGGGGAACAAGGUAAUUGUAUUGUUAGCAGUUAUCUUGGUCUGAAUAAGUACAGUGGGCAGCAGGGACACAGUUUUUGGUUCAGAACUUCUCAAGGCAAGAUUAGGUAGAACAUUUCAACUUUUGGAUUAACUUUUAAAUUUUAACUUUCGAAUUAACUUGAGAAUAGUAUUAACUAGAAUGUAUAUUCAGUAUAUUUGGAUGAUCUACAUUUGGUACUUCUAGUUAUGAACUCCAAAUCUUUUACAUCUCGAGUGCAUUAAUUCAGUGAAACUUAAAGGGGCACCUCAGCAAAUUAUAUAUUACUGUAACUGUAAUGACCGCACUGCUUUGUUUUCCUUUCAACAGACCGGCAAGAUGAGAAGGACAAGAUUAAAAGGGCAGCAGAACACUGCCGGCGGAUUUUGGAUUAUGUGAAUCAGGCUGUAAGAGAAGCAGAAAAUAAACAGGUAUCCAUGCAAUCAAUGCUUUACCUUCCCAGUCAAUGGUAUUUCUAGGGCUAUUUAAGGCUAAACAAGAAAACACAGCCUUACCUUUCCCAUUAUGUAAGGAUCAUGCAGUUCAGGAAUAAGUUUUAUAGAAAUAUGUAGGAAAAUACUUUUUCUUUAUACUACCCAUUCAACAUUAAGAAUACUUUUUUUGUUGUUUUUGUUUUCUAUAAGUUUUCAUUUUAAUUUCUGAGCACAUCUUCCAAACAUGUUUGAAAUAUUAUUUGCUUUUUUACUUUAUAAAUAAAAUCAAUAAAAAGUUUGAACAAAGGACAACUAAUGUUGUAAUUCAGUGAUAUCUCUAGAAAUAAUGCUUACUUGCAGUGUUCAUUUCCAUGGGCUCCCAAAUGAUAUCACAAGAAGACUUAUAUUCUGGUUCCUGUGUUACUUAUGCUCCUAAUAGUUUGCUGUCAUUUUGUUUUGGCAGAAAUUAGAGGAUUACCAACACAGACUGGAUCUAUCCUAUUUGAAGCCAGGAGAGUAUCCUAUGAUUGAUGAAUUACGAGUAAGUCAUUUUCUUUAUCGUCUUCAGCACAAUAAUGUUACAUGCUGCACUGAAAUGGCAGUUGUGAAUAUUCUAUUUUUCAAAUGCUUAUAUCUAAUAGUGCAUAGAGUGACAAUGAUAUUAUUAUUUUAUAAAGUUGAACUAAUCACUGGCAAAAUAUCUCAAAGCUUUUUGUGGAAUAUAGAAAAAGUGCAUUAAUACACUGUUAUUUGGCUGCUACAUAGCUAGUCAAGAUGUUGAUUCUCCUUGUUUCUUACCCAUGAUUUGUUAAUUAAAAAUAAAUUGUUUAAUUUUUCAUUAUGUAAAUGUUGAAAAAACUUAACCUUGGCAUUUCCGUAUUUUGGACAGAGUCUUGAUUUAACCAAAAGGAAGAUGAUUCACGAGGGUCCUUUAGCGUGGAAAGUAAAUCGAGAUAAGACGAUUGGUAAGCCAAUUAAAGAGUGUAUUUAAUUGAAUCAUCAUUCAAUUAUUUAGAUAUAUAUAGUAAACUGGCCACUAGGUUUGUUUGUGUGUAUUUAUAUGUUAUAAUAUAUAUAUAUAUAUAUAUAAGUUCAAAAUAUAUCUAAUAUAUAUAAAAGUUAAAAAAAAAAUAUAUAUAUAUAUAUAUAUAUAUAUAUAUAUAUAUAUAUAUAUAUAUAUAUUAUAAGUUCAAAAAACACUUUUUGUGUGUCCUGAUGAAAGCUCCAACCGGGAGUUGAAAUGUUGACCGUCCUGGAUUGACUGUAAAAUAAUCGACUCUGCAAAGCCUAGAGUGCCGGUAUUUUUUUGAACUUAUAAUAUUAUUGUGACUUGGCACCGGGUAAUAACAUUUUUUGUCAGUUGGAAUGCAAGAGUUUCAAUUUAACCAUAAAUAAAUAAUUAUUAUUAUUAAAAAUGUACAAACUAAACCUUCUGAAGCACAUUACAAUCCAGAUACAAAGAAAUAUAAUGCAGGGUUUUCUGGGUGGCAUAUCUGGGCCCUAAGAUUAACAAAGGGGUUCCUGGAAACUUCUCUCUCAUUCACACCCUAACCUUUUAAAGUUUUGGGUAAAAAUAAGUAGUCUCUUAAGACCUAUAGCCCAGGUUUAUUGGUUUAGAGGUUUAUAUAAAGAUGUGUUCCUAACACUAUAUUGUUCAUGUAACAGCCCUUCAAAUAAUUUCUCAACUACAUAUAUUAAGCUCACAGAUUUGUAGUUUCCAGAUUGAGCUUUUAACUUUUUUUAAAUUAGACACCAUAUCUGCUUUUCUCCAAUCCUCUGGUACAAUUCCUAAUACAAUUAACUCUUAAUAAAUGACCAGUAUCCUGGCCCCGAGUAUUAACCCUAUCCAUUAGCUAAGGGCCCCAAACACAUAGCUUGCAAUCCUCAUAAAACACCCGCUCCACAAAAAAUGACAUAUGGCAUACUUGCACCUUUCCUUGUUAGAAGUAUUCAGUAUGGAGUCUCUAUAACCUAAAAAUAAAUCACUGUACAACCCUGCGCAAGUCUCAUUCUUUUGAGACUUGCUUGGUUAUGUUUUCAAAUAAUCCAAAUUUCAACCAAUCUUUGUACUCCCUCAAAACUUAUUAUAUCCCACAAUCCUUAUUAUUUAUCAGAUUAGGAGUUUAGCACCUUGCAGCAGUUUCACUCAUCAGAUAAUAUGAAUACAACUGCUGUCUUCGUUCACGGUGGCUGCUAUCAGCAUAUUGCUUGUUUCUUUCUUUCUUUUCUUUUUUGCAGCUAUAAACCCAGACAUGCAACAUUUCAGUGGAAGUUGAGACUUCUCUAGCAUGCACCCACCAUACAUGUUCUGAGUGAAUAAAUGGGCUUCCAGCCACUGAAUAUGUUUGCUGCAGUUAUAACACAACCAGGGUUAUUUACUAAAAUGAGAGUUGUCGGGAAUGCAAAGAGAAUUCAAAGUGAAUUUCAAAUUUAAGGCCAAAAUGGCCCAAAGGAAAACAGAAUUGACUUUGAGAAUAUUCUUGAUUUGGCUAUUCAUUCCUACAUUUUCAAAUUCAUUUUGAAUUAGCUUGGAAUUCACAACAUUUCUCACUUUGGUAAAUAACCUUGAAUAUGUGCACCGCAGCGUAUGAAAGGAACUUAAGAUUUUGUUUGUCUGUUUUGCCUUUUUAAUGUGAGUUUUAUAUACCAAAAAGUAUGUAUUCUGUUAGUCAUGUAUCACUUACACAUUUUCUGCUCACUUCAUAUAGGAACUAUAAAUAAAGUUUUAGUGACCUAAACUCUUUAUGACUAUAAAUUGUUCUUUUCUAUUAAAUAUUGGGUUAGAAUUACAAUAUUUUCAUUAAAAUGACAUCAAGAAUAAUCCACAAAUAAUCAGAAUUGCACAAAUAUACUUUGUAUUGAAUAAGAUAUAGUAAAAUACAUAUCCAUAAAUAGUAGCUGUCCGUUCAGCUAAAGCAUAUUUUUGCCUAUGGUGGGAUUAGUGUGUUCUGAACAAGAAACAGUAUCACUGUGUUUUGCAACAUUUUUCAAAUCUAGUAAUUUGCACCUUCCCAAGCUAAAACACCAAAUAAGCUAAAAGCAAAAAAUGAGUUUUUGCAUAGGUCUUACUCUGUUAUAACAAAUGUGCAGCAGUAGGCCAAGGCUGAAAGAAAUAGAACUUAUUACUUUAAAGUAAAUGCUAAAAACACCAAACAGUGCCAUGCUAGACUUCAUACUUUUCGCAAUCAGCAAAAAGCUUUUUGGUAUCUGACUCUGGUAGUCAGACUAGCAAAUGUUUUUUUUUUUUUUUUUUAUAAAAUAUCAAAAGUUCAGGAAAAGUGUAAGGAUUACAUUUGCUCUCAAAACGCCAUAACCACUGCAGCCAGCUGUUGUUGUUUUGAUUUGUUAAGCUGUUUUAGGAUGGCCUAACAACUUACCUGGUUCCCACUUGGUAGACAUAGCCACAUGCCCUGCAUACCCUAGCUCCAUAUUGCUCAUCUGUGAGUGCAGUCCUGUAUCAGUCUUGACUAGCUCAAUAAAGACAUUGAACGGGAGAAGCAGGAUGUGGCAUAAGCCCCCAUCAAGCCCAUAUUUUUCUACAUUGUUUCUGUGGGGCCCUCUUCAGUGGGCUGUAGUGGUUAUGGUCCUUGGAAUUCUACUUUGACUUUAACACACAUGCUUAGCCAAUCUUCUGAUUCCACAAAGAUGCAAGUAUUGCAUUUUCAAAUAAUGAUUGAUGUACCUUUCUUAUAAUGCAAAUGUAUUCAUAUUUUACUUCAUAGUCAGUAUCUGUGUUUGGUGUCUUGAGAGAUCAUGAUAUCUGAUAUUCUUGAAAAGAAUGUGUGUCUUUUCUCCCAUAACUCAUAAGCUCAUGGCUGUCACAUUAUUGCUUUAAUUCCUCAGAUCUAUAUACCCUUCUUUUGGAGGACAUCCUGGUUUUGCUUCAGAAGCAAGAUGACAAACUGAUUCUUAGGUGUCACAGCAAGAACCUGGCCUCCACUUCAGACAGCAAACACAUAUUCAGUCCCGUUAUCAAGCUCAGCACUGUAUUAGUACGACCUGUGGCGACUGGUAAGUCAUGUAAAGCUCAUUUGUUAUUUAUUUUAAAAUUUAAACAGGUAUAUACAUUGGUCAUUAUUUUUAUAUGAUUACAUUUUGUUUAGGAGCCAACCUGAAGUUUUCUUAAGAGCCACUGAAGAGCUUGAUACAUAGAUAAAAAUAUGUAAUUUCUAUUACGUGUCUUUAAAUGGAACAAUAUUGCAAUUCACUUAACCUGUUUUAUUAUAAAGUUAUCCAGACAUUUUCCGUGUGUGUGUGUGUGUUUCAUAGCUAUAGACACAAAAUAUGCUUAAAAGAAUGAACACAUUGCUUAAUGUCAGAACUUAUAGAUUACUCAAAAAAGUUUUCUUAUUGCUAGCUGGGAUCUUACCCAUCCUAUUUCCCAAAUUAUAUGUUUUAAUUGAAGCCAUCAGUCCACAAAGUGUUGUUAAAGUAAAACUCUAAACACCUAAGGCACUUUAGCUCGCUGAAGUGCUUUAUGUGUGAAGAGCGCAUUCCCUUUUUUCUUCCCAGUUACAAAAAAGUGCAGAUUUCAAUAGAAAUUGCCACUUUCAUUAAGUACUUGUGUUACAUCCCCUUGGCUGUCAGUCCGACAACUGGUCCUGUUACUUCCUGUUUGUUUAGCCUAGUGGAACUAAACUUAAGAAAGGCAUUUGCCUAGAGCAUCUGCCUUGCAAAGACUUCUCAUUGAACUGAAAUGGGAAGUCUGUGAUUGGGCAGCUUCAGAAAGUCUGGCCUGGAUUAGUAGCAUGCAAAGGCUGCAGACAAAUGAUCUACAGACUGUUUACACCCAAUGAAAUAGUAAUUUAUUUAGUGCUUUUUAGAAGUCAAAGUGGCUGUAACCCACACAUCCAAUCUUCUUGAAUUAAUUUGACAACAUGUUUGCCUAUUUCAUUCUCAAAAUAGCUUUUUGAAGUAAUUAGCCUAGCUUUUCACAAACCUAUCCCUACCUAUUCUGUGCGUCCUAUAUUCUAAAAACACCAAACAGUGCCAUGCUAGACUUCUAAAAAGUACAUAAAAAUGGUUAAGUAAGUAUACUUGUGUAAGAACCUGGAAUGCAUUACCUGCAGUACAGCUUCAAUAUGGCAACAGAAUGUGAAAAGAAUUUCUGUAUUUGAGAAUAAUGUCCACGUAAAUACAGUUAGAUGAUUUCUAGAGUGAAGAUAUUUAAAAAGUGCUGUUGCAUUGUAUUACUCUCUUAAAUGCUAAUUCACUCCUCCCCCUCCCUGAUUGUAGGAAUUGUUGGACUAAUUGGACAUUUUGUUUACAGUUUUCUAAGAAGAGGGCAGGCAUUAAAUAAGUAUUUAGUCAAGAAAUUAAAUAAGUAACUAGUGGUUUUUUUUCAGGCAGAGUAUAAAUUAAGAUAAUUGAGGCUUUAUCGACAAACUUUUGUUGUGCAAAGUACAUGAAAGUAAACAUUUUUAUAUUCCAUUCUGGAAGUGAAGAGGUUCAUCUAGAGAUCUCCUUGAGCGAACAGCAUACCCUUUAAUGAAAAGGAAUGUAUGUUUUUUACAGGUUUUAUCCAACCAGUGGGACACUACUUAUUUAAAAAAAAAAAAAUUCUUUCAAUUCUGCUUUUUGUUGCCUAUGGUAAAAGCAGCAUAUGUUAUGUAAAACAUUCCAUUACUCAGAUAAUUAGUAGGAUUACUUUUUUUUAAGUAAGUGGUCACCUCCUAUUGUUUCAUUAACUUGCAGCAUGAUAGAUGAUUUAAUUUUUCAUUUCUUAGUUUAAGAAAUUAAUUCAAACUUUCACCAUAAUUACAAGGGUUUUUUUAUUUUUAGCUACAAGCAAAUUUAGUGAUACUGUUGUAAAAAAUAAAAACCUGACAACAGUGAAAUUACCUGGACUUUGUGAAAUGAAUUGCUACUUGCAAAGAUACAUCAUAGCCACAGAAAAAUGAAAUUCCCUUUCAAUAUAAUAAAGCUUUCAGGAAGAAAAUUAGCCUUACCAUAGUCUGCCAAAGUCUCUUUUACGCUUCCCGAAGGGUAAAAAAAAAGGCAAUUAAGGAAGUCUUAAAUCCUCAUUAAGCACGCAAGACUUUUCUAGAUAGUAAUACAUUAAUUAAAGCUUGACUUUGCUGGAACAUUGAAAUAAUACACACAAACAACUAAAUCAUAUAAUAUAUGUUGUGUUACUCCAUGGAUUUAGCAAUGUAGAUCUGCAACUUUAAGGAGGGUAGUUAGAUUAGACAGGUGCUAAUAUGCCUUGUUUCUUGUUCCAUGUGGUGCUCCAUAGUGGUCAAAUAAACAUUGGUAUUUUGAUUAAACACUCAUGCAUACCUUUUUCAUGCCUGUAUUUUUUCUUCUUACCAAUUCCAUGUACUCUUUGGUGGGUGGGGGAGGGGGUUGUCUUUCUCUUUCUCCUUCUGUAUCUCCUUAUGUACAUUUUGUGUCAAAAAUGUUAAAUAAAGAUUGAAAAAAAAAAAAAAAUACUGAACAACUGUUCCCAUGUGCCAUGCAGUGUCAGAGUUAAUGUAUAUAUGAAAAGUUCCACAUGGGCUCCAAGUAACACAUACCAAGAACCCGGGGCUAGUCUUUCUCAUGGCCAACUUGCCAUUAAACAUUCCAGCUCCCUGUUCCCCAGUGCUGCAUUAAAGUACAUGAAGAAUGUCAUUAAGAAAGCCUUAAAGUAGUUACUCAUGAUUGUAUCUUUUGAAGUGGUCAUGGUUCCUGGAGUUGUCUGUAUGUGCAGAGUUUCAAUAUGAGUAUGGCGUUAUGGUCUUUUGCUGUUGGAGGUGUAACUUCAUCCACGGCAGCGUCAUUUGGGCCUAAUUAGGCUGCCAGGAACAAGAGUUUAGGGGUGGCUAAUGUCAAUUCUGUCCACAUUUUUAUGCACGAUCUCAGCUGACGCUCUUAGCCAAUGAAUGGUUCUGAGUGGAUUGACUUCAGAGUUAUGCAGCUUUGCAAAAGCUGGAAGUUUAUCACCAGUGCUGAAAGCCUUGGAGCCUGGCAGAAACUUGGGUAAGAGGCUUGCCCCAUUACCGGAGUACAUGGCCAGGGUACUCCUGACACAAUAACUUCGGCGGAUUGUAGUGGUUAUGAUGCUUGGAGUUACCUUUAAAAUUUUCAUUACAACAUUGUAUUGUAAACGCAGAAAAUAAAAAAGUAGUUUAAAAGUAAGAAAUAAAAAAACACAUUUUUGUUGUUUAUGUCAAUUAUUUAUAUUUGAUUUUGCUUAUUUCUAGGAUUACCCACUUUUCUGGGUACCAAUCUCUUGUGUUUUUGGUAUUCUCAAUGCCAAUUUUCACCUAGUGUCCUAGUUGUUCACCAAAACAUUUCCAAAAAAAUUAAUCAACAAAGUAAUUUUUUUGAAUUAGUAGGCAAUUUGUAAUAUUCCACUGUGGAUGUUUAUAUCAGGACUAGCUGACAUUUCAGCUUCUUUUUUCUUUUCUGUUAUCUUUAGUGCAGCCAAAUGCUUACUAAGAAUCAUGGGACAGUGUUUUGUUAAUUAAUGAGGUUUUAAAAAAAGAAACAAAAUCCAUCAAACUAAACUUUUCCAAAGAUUUAUCUUCAGGGCUGCUUGUCCUUCAGUGCCAUGCUGUUAUACUGGACUUAAUUGAAACCCAAUUAAUUAUAAGAAUACUUUAUAACAUGGGAAACAAUCAUAGCAGAAGGAAAACAUGCUACUUUACAAUGUUAAAUCAGAGCUGUUAAGUCAAAGCUGGUUUCACAUGGCUUCAUAGAACAGCCUCUUGCUGCAGCAACAGCUAGACAUCCGGUAUGAACAUUACCAUAUCUUCUCUUUUAAAUGUCACAGAUUCUCUCUAAACCCAUUUCUUUUCUUUUCACAGAUAACAAGGCUCUGUUUGUAAUAUCCAUGUCUGAAAAUGGUGCUACAAUUUACGAGCUAGUUGCAAACACUGCUUCUGAAAAAAAUGUGUAAGUUGUUUCCCCUUUAAGCCCCAUUUCUCAUACUGACAUACAUACUUAUGUAUGGCACACAAGAUACUCUAGCACCAUUUUAUUUUAGUUUUGUUUUAUCUUCUUUAAUCACUGCAUCAUAAGCCCUUAAGGAUUCUGAUCUUUUCCCUAAAGUCCCUGUGCUAAUAUGGAAUGUCCUGCAUGUUUUGCAUUUUCAGGUAUAUACUGCCAUGUGUUUGAAAAAUAAGUGAAAAAUUAAAUUAUCAAAAUUCAUUUUGAUAUAGCAUCUUUAAAGGCCUGUUUGUUAUGAUGUAUUACUACAUCACUGGUUAUUAAGCUGUUAAGGUAAUACCAUUCAUAAAUUAUUUAUCCUAUUAAGGUAGGACAGUGCCCUGAACCUUCAGGCAUCAAAACAACAUCAUUAAGAUUAAGUUGUUAUGGUGUCCACAGUGUUCCUUUUAAGUUGCAUACUUACACCCAGUGUAUAUUCCCUCAGCACUAAUUCAAGUGAAUCAUUGAUGGAGGUUUUUACAAAUGGGAUUAAAAGCAGACAGGAAAUCCAAUCUUUCAAGCAGAAAUUCCAACUUUCAACAUGAAACAUUGGCUGUUUUGUAUGCUAAGCAAUUUUGUUUGUGGAAGAACACUCUUGUGCUUGAUAAUUUAAGUUAUUAACCAAAUAUGGGCUGAACAUUCAUGUCAAAAUAGGACUCCCUCAGUCCGAACUGCACACAUUUGUUACCUGCAGUACUGGCACUUUUGUGCCACACUUGAAGCAGCAAAUUAGGCAAAGAGUGUAGCCACACUCGUAUGGUAUCCCAAAAAAUAUCACCAGGCAGUUCCAUGAAAAGGGAUUAUUUGUUCAUAUUUCAUUUCAUAAAAGCAGAAAAACAGACCACAUCAAGUGCAGCUUCAAAAAGCUGCUAAGGAAGUGUCGGUAGUUAAUGCGAAACGCAUCCAGUUUCCCUAAAGUUCUUUACUCCCAAUCCCCUUCCCCUAUUGUGGGAGUCUUUUAUUAUCUUUUCAAUCUCUGUGAGGAAUACAGUGUGGGAGUGUGUCUUCAAGCUAUAUUACACUAUUUUAUCUAGUUACCACUUUUACAUGCUCUCCUUGUUUUUGCUGGGGUUUUUUUGUUUUUUGAAACGUUUAUCCUUUUUACCACUUUUUUGCAUAUGUGACAAAUCGAAGUGGAUUUAUAAUUUUCAGAAUAGUAAAACUGGAAAAGUCCGUUAUGCUUUCAGUUAGGCUACUAUGGACUUACAUUUGAAAAUCACUUUAAAUUCCCACUUUAGUAAAUAGCUCUGUAAGUGGCUAUUGCCAUUUGCAUUUUGCAAAAUGGCAUAUGGUAACAUAUUCUACCACAUAUCAAAAGUUACAUUUCUUAUAGUUUUCCUUUAAUGGCAAUUUUUGUGCACAACAAAAACGUUUUAGAAUGUAGGAUAAUUUUGAACAUUGGCAACACUUGAAUUUGCACCUUCACUAACUGACUUGAAUUUCUCCUCAACCCAGAUGGCAGGACCUGAUAGCAAGGAUGGCUGCUUCAAGGAAGGUGGAGGAUAAUAGGCCAGUAAUUCCUUUACCUACCGUUUCCACAGCGAUCACUAGUGUGUAAGUUGUGAAAGGAAAAUGCAAAACUUCAAGAUGCAAUGUUAUUAAAUAUAGCUACAUGAAUGUAUCGCAGUGUGCUAGGCAUGAGAGUGCUAAAAUAUUAAUGACAAAUCAGUGGAAACAUGAACUUUGUGCUGAUCCUAUGCAUGUUAUCAGACUGUGUGGCAUAUAGAAACAAUUGGCGUUAAUAGGUUAGUGCAGGCCAGUCGUAAGUGACGUGUUUUUACCGAGACAAAUAGUGGUAAAUAAAAGAGUGGAAUAUUUGAAAUGUGUAGACAGUUGAAGGAUCAGUAAACAAAAUGGAGCAAAGAGAAGCAUUGGGAAGGGAGGAUCAAUCUGUCUUUUUAUGUUCUUAAAGUAUUCACUGCUGACACGGCCAUCUUACUUUUUUACCAUUAGUGAAGAAUCAGAACAUGGGAACCAGCAGAAAGUGGACACUGUAUGUACUCCAGACCAUACCUCCUCCCUGCAUUGUUCAGGUAUGUAUUGCAAAUGUAGCUUUUGACUUCAAUCUGAAAACUUGGAGAUAUACUGUAUAGGAUAGUAAUAUAAUUAUUUUAAUGUUGCUGUUCUAGAAAUAAAGCAUUUUCAUAACAAGGACACCUUGCACUAAAUGAAACCCUGUUCUCAGUUAUUUCUAUAUUUUCUAUUUCACAUAGGCAAAAACCCAGACACUGAGGCAGUAGUUAUGCCUAAAUAUUUUUCUCCACCUGAUACACCUGAAAAUGACGUUUCACAAACUACAGGACAUGACACAUUUAAUCUGCACAAAAUGGAGUCACUUCCCAAGCCAAGUCCUGCCUCUUCUCACCAUUCAUCAGAACAUCAUCGGGCUCUGGAUGCACUCCACAACCGUGAGUAGAAUUCCACUCAACUAAACACUCUUUUUGCACAUAAUGCUGAAUAUCAUUAAUAGGCAAAAAGAAAGACACUAACCAAAGCCUCUGAAUAAUUGAACUUUUUGAUUUAAUUUGUUACUAUCCUAAAAUAUGUUAAAAUUAUUUUUCCUCUUGUCAUAUGCUCAUACUCAUAUGCAACAAUUGGCAUAGUAAUCACAAGGGCAAGCAAUCAGAACAAAAGAAAAGAAAAAAAGGAGAGAAAAUUAAAUAAUUGAAUUAAAAGAGAAGGAGCCACAGACCCUGUGUAUGUAUAAACAACUUGCCAGUUUGCCCACACUUUUUUAAACCUAGGCAUUACUUUGAUUAGUCUAUAUGACAUUUGUUCCUAACAUCUUGUAUAUGUUAAAGAUUCCUACACCAUCUCUUUAUUAGUGGGCUCUGAUUGUUUUCAAAGCAGUACAAUAUUAUGUUUAGUUGCUAUAAGUGUAAUGUAAGUGAAUAUUAAUUGGUACUGAAUAUAAUCUAAUUAGGUUUUACAAUACUGCAGAGCCAUUCAUUUCUGCUUAAUUCAGCUGUUACUUUUUUUGCAGUUGGCUUACUGAAAAAGUUACUAUUACAACAACUAAUGCUCGUUCAAAAGGAAGAAACUGAAAACUUCCAGCGCUUCUGCAGUCGAAAGUCUCGUGAGCAUGUAAGGAAAAGUGAGAGCCAGCUGAGAGCAGUACACAAUCGCCAGCAUAGGGAAAGUGAUGAUCAGUACUCAAGUGCUGCGCCCCAUUUGGAAAAAACAUGUGCAGACAGACAAUAUGACAAUAGUGCCACAGAGUUUGUUGGAGGAACUAUUGAUUAUGGUGGUGAACCUGUUUUUGAGCCUCACUUUGAAGAGCACGCAGAGAUUCAAUGUAAAGCAAAAGAUACAGAAGAAACACAAUUCAGGAUUUCAGGUUAGUGUUGAGUAUCCUAAACUGGAUUGAAACUGGUUUCAAUGGCCACCUCACAACCCGUUCUCGUCAUUGGGAACACUUGGUGCCUGGAAUGGAGAACAUUUCAUUUGCAUAGAUGAUAUAAAAUGUGUAGCAUUUGAAAACUAUUCUUAUACUUCUUUUUUUGUCAAAGAUGUCAAACCGAUAAAUACAUUUUUUUUUUUUUUUUUUGCAGGAAAGUAUCUGAUUCUGGAUGGCUAUGAGAAAGUACAAGAGAGCUCUACAGAUGAAGAUUUAUCUGGCACAGACCUUUUAGCACAACGCACCCCACCUGAUGUAUCAGCUUCUUCUUCACAUGUUGGUGAAAGACUGGCAGCACCCAUCAGUGAGCACCUUUUGCCUGAGCCUUCUUCUGACGUAUUUAGCCACAUGCUUCAUUAUAUAGCAAAUAUUGAGUCAGACCUUCAACAACUGAAGGUGAGCACUGUAAAAACACAAUGUACAAACUUUUUUUAUUGAAAAUAAAUAUCAGUCUGACAAUUUAUGUUGGCACAAGCUUGUAGAGAGAGCUCCAUGAAUUAUGGAAAAUCAUUCCUGUCAAUGAUGUAAUGUGCAUAUUAAAACCCAGCGUUUACUUCUCUGGAAGUGCCAUUUUCUUUCUCUAGUAUACUCUGACAUGACUAGAAAAGUGGAGGUAAUGUCCAUACAACUUCAAUGUUUAGGGUGACAUCACCCUAUGAUCUGUGCUUGGUCAUGCAGUCUCUGGCAUCUUUAGAGACACACAGUACAAGCACAGUAAAUCAUAUUGUGCUGCAAGGUUAUGGGCAGAUAGGCAUACAGUGUACAUUACAAAGUAAGAAUUGUUGAAGUUUUCAUUGUUCAUAUAUUUUACUAGUAACAAUUCUAUUUUAAAAUAAAAUAAAAAUGCAAGAAUAUAUGUUGGCAUGAGAAAUCUAUCCAUUAAAAUAGCUAGCUGAGCAGAUUUUACACCUCUUUGUCAUUGUAUUAGCUAUUACUUGCACAUUUUUCAAAUAGUAGAUGAGAUGUGUGGACUUCUGUCCCGUCAUGCAUAAUAUUGUGUUUUCUUUUUAAUGUUCUAGUAAAUAUAAAUAUAUAUAUAUAUAUAUAUAUAUAUAUUAUGUGUGUGUAUAUAUUUUGAUUUGUCAAAAAAAAAUGGUGCUUCUAUAUUCAUGACAAGAUAUGAAUGCAAAUUUAGUUGCAGUAUCAUACAGGCUCCUGUUUUACAUUAAGAAAAAUAAAGUAAUAAAACAAUAGUAUUGAAGGAGCACAGAUUAUUGCCAGUCUACCUACACAUUGGUACAGUACCAGGAGCAGGUGGUAUAGAGCAGGGCUUUAAAAGCAUGUAUUGUCCAUGACAUAUUCACCAGGGGUGAAUUUCUGUUCGGUGUGACUGAAGUUCCAUUUGCCAAUGGCUAGUGGCAAGUGGAAAUAUUGAGCCCUGCUCUAGAGUAAUUUGUGAGUUAGAUAUAUUGAGUAGGAAAGGAGACACCACCCUCACCACAUCAGUCUUACAGAAACCUCCAUUGUCUUGACCUACAGCAAUUCUCCACCAACCUCCAAACUCUUCUUUCACCCAUCUCAAAUCUCACCUGCCUGAACACUGCAACAUCCCUCUACAACUCCACUCUCUCCUCUCAAAUAGACCUCAUGGCACCUCCUACACGAAGCUGACCCGAUACUUCCAAAAAUGUUCCAGAACUGCAACUGCUGAACGCUGCUGACUUCCUCACUCUGCGUCUGACUUCCUCCACUAUAAAUGUAUCAUGCUCUCCUACAUUCUGGCUCUUUCCUCUUCAAAAGAAAACUAUUUCAAUACACUCAUAAACACAUUCUCCCGCGAGCCCAAACGACUGUUUCAUGCUUUAAAACUCUCUUCUGUGCCCUGUCGUGCCUCCUCCUAUCAACUUGACCACCACAAAUUUUACAACUUACUUCUUAAUCUGAGAAGAUUUCUAUAGUCAGGGAAGAGAUCUCUCAUCUCUUUCCAUCCACUACAAACCUUUCCCCUAACCACACUCCCUCAGCCCCUUAUGCUCAUUUGCACCUGCUACAGCAGGAGAGGUUUCUGCUCUGCUCCGUUCCUCCCGCCCCACCACCUGUUCCCUCAAUCCUAUUCCCUCGUAUCUCAUCUGCACUUUGUCCUCUUCUCUUGCUCUGCCUCUCACUAAAAUUUUCAAUCUCUCCCUCUCCUCUGGCACAUUUACUCUAAACUUCAAGCAUGCAACCGUAACCCCGAUUCUAAAAAAGGCCAACCUUGACCCUAAUUCCCCAUCCAACUGCCGCCCUAUCUCGCUACUGCCGUUUGUCUCCUAGAGGGUUGUGUAUACGAGAUUGACAGACUUCCUAGAAUCCAACUCUCUGCUUGACCCACUUCACUUUGGAUUCCGCACUCUUCACUCUGUUGAAACUGCUGUGACCAAAGAAUACAAUGAUCUUAUCUCUGAAAAAUCCCAUGGCCAUACUCUGUCCUAAUUCUCUUCGACCUUUCUGCUGCUUUUUACAUGGUUGAGCAUCAACAGCUUAUUCUCAUCCUCCGUAAUCUCGAUCUAUGAGAUACCGCUCUCUCCUGGUUCUCUUUCUAGCUCUCCCAGCGCUUAUUCAGUGUUUCUUACUUGGGUUCUGCCUCUUCUCCCCAAUCGCUCUCUGUUGGUGUUCCCCAAGGGUCUGUCCUUGGUCCCCUACUGUUCUCAAUCUACGCUGAUUCCCUUUGGUAAACUCAUCAGCCCCUUUGGCUUUCAGUAUCAUUUCUAUGUGGAUGACAUGCAAAUUUAUCUGUCCUUCCCUGAUUUCUCACCACCCCUUUUGACUUGUGUCUCUGACUGCCUCUCUGUUAUUUCCAACUGGAUAGCUGCUCAUUUCCUUAAACCUGUCCAAAACAGAACUUCUGGUCUUUCCUUCCUCAAGUGUUGCUACUCCCUUGUCUGUGUCCCUCCAAGUUAAUGGCACUACCAUCCGCUCUACCUCUAAGGCUCUCUGCCUGGGUGUUCUCUUUGACUCCGACCUCUCCUUCAUCCCUCAUGUCCAAUCAAUCGCCAAAUCCUGCCGCUUCCAUUUUAAAAAUAUUGGGCACAUCAGACGGUACGGCAGAGGUGCUUGUCCAUGCCGCUGUCCUCUCUUGCCUUGACUACUGUAAUACACUUCUCCAAACAUGCCCCGUUACAGUCUAUAAUAUAUGCGGUGACGAGGCUCAUCUUCCUGACCACAUCAGCCAAUGUAGGGACUCCCCCCUUUUUUAGUCCCUACAUUGGCUUCCUGUAAGAUAGAGGACUCAAUUUAAGAUCCUGAUACUUGUCUAUAAAUCCCUACACAAUGCUGCUCUGACUGCUUAUCCUCACUAUUACACAAAUAUGUCACAUCUAGGACCCUACGCUCUUCUGGAGACCUACGUCUAACCUCUGUUCGUACUCCUACCUCUGAUGUUCACCUGAAAGACUUAUCUAGGGCAGCACCAUUCCUAUGGAACGCCCUUCCCCUCUCUGUUAGACUUUCACCCAAUCUCCACUCCUUCAAAAAAUUCUUGGAAAACGUAUUUCUUUAGAAAAGCAUAUUAAUUAAACUGUGAACAGCUUUCCCUCCCUGCACCCUGAUUCCUCUCCUGAAACUUUCAUCAAAACAAAACUAUAAGCCCUCAAUAAACAAUAUCCUAGCAACCUACUUUUCUACUCUACCCUUACCUUUUGUGUCACUAUACCACGCUCCCUCUAGCAUGUAAGCUCAUUGAGCAGGGCCCUCAAUCCCCUCUGUUCUUGUAUGUCCAACUCGUCUGGUUACAAAUACUUGUUAGUUCACCCAUUGUACAGCGCAACGGAACUUGUGGGCGCUUUAUACAUAAUAAUAAUAAUGAAACCUGUUGGGUAUCAAAAAAUAAAGUGUUGGUAAUGUGUGUAGGAGGCAGUGAAAGUGCUUGCUCCCCAAUUGUUCAGAUGACGCUCUUAGUGCUUCGCCUGGUAUUACAUGAAGCAAUCCAUAGCUCCACUUUAGCCACUGUAUUGUUGAGGCCAGGCUCCAGGUUGCUGGAGACUGAGCAUGUCUGUGAGUAAAGCAUUAAGUAGUGAUGCAGGACCUGGCACCCAUGUGCUCCAGACACAAUAACCUUCUUAAUCAUCUGAAGUGGUAAUGGUUCAUACAAUACCCCUUUUAAAGCUUUUGCAGCAUACCGUUACAGUCUCCAUAAGGCACAACCAUAAUGUCAUGAGUUAAAGGACCACUAUAGUGCCCUGAGGGUGCCCCCACCCUCAGGGUCCCCCUCCCGCCCGGCUCUGGAAAGGGGAAAGGGGUUAAAACUUACCUUUUUUCCAGCGCUGGGCGGGGAACUCUCCUCCUCCGAUCCUCCUCUUCUCCUCCCAUGCGGCUGAAUGCGCACGCGCGGCAAGAGCUGCGCGCGCAUUCAGCCGGUCACAUAAGAAAGCAUUCUCAAUGCUUUCCUAUGGACGCUGGCGUGCUCUCACUGUGAAAAUCACAGCGAGAAGCACGCAAGCGCCUCUAGUGGCUGUCAAUGAAACAGCCACUAGAGGAUUAGGGGGAAGGCUUAACCCAUUCAUAAACAUAUCAGUUUCUCUGAAACUGCUAUGUUUAUGAAAAAAUGGGUUAACCCUAGAGGGACCAGGCACCCAGACCACUUCAUUAAGCUGAAGUGGUCUGGGUGCCUAGAGUGGUCCUUUAAGGUUAACGGCAAUCUCAAAUUUGGCAGUGCCUCUGAAUUCCCUAGAAAGAAAUAGCUGUAGCCAUAUUUUAACAGCAUGUUUGCUGGCUUCAUCAAGACAUACAUGUUAAUCUGCACUUACAAAUCCAAAUAAGAUAAAUCCAAAUAAAACCUCUCAUUGCUUUAUAUCUUAACACUGGCUUGGGUGGAAGUAGAGCCAAAACACCCUUAAGUUGUAGGUACUUUUUCUUUUUUGUAACAGUAUUAUUCAUACUCUCAAAUGCCUGGAGGUGGGCCUUUUAGUCUGUUUUCAAUCUCAAUACUGAUGUUUUGUCUUGUAGGGACUUGAAAGUCAUUACCACGCACUACAAAACAGACUGGCAAUCGCAGGCCGUUCUGACCCAGGCGAUCCUGGUAAGAUAUACCAUUUUGAUCUGAACUGUGAUCUUGUCAAGAACAACUAAUUUUAAUCCUUUAUUUUAAGGGCAUUUUUUCAGUGGGCAUCAAACAAACUAAAAGGAAAAAACAUGUCAUUUUAUAUGCAUCAUAAUACUUGUUUAAGUGCACUUUUUUUUUUUUUUAUUUAAACAAACUGUCUUUAGAACUGCUUUUCCCUCUGUAUUUCAUAUUGCCCUUUAUUGCAAUGUGUGUGUGUCUAUAUAAUAUGUAUAAUGCCUAAUUCCUCCAAGAUACUAUUGCUGUAAGCAGACCUUAUUUUACUUGCUUCCCAUGGCAUCCUUGUCUUGUGUAAUAGUCUAGAGAAAUAAGUCUGCUUUACUUUGUGACAUUGUGUUUAAAGUGUUGCUUAGUAAGGAUUAAAGAUAUGUCUAUUAUCUUCCAGUUUAUACACCACUCUGCUUUGAUACUGUAUGUCAAAAGCUGUAUUGUUUGAAAGCAUACUAGAAAAAAAAACUAAAACAAUUUCAGUAAUUGAGCCAUACUUCUUUUGUGGUAUAAUUUGUCUCCUACAAAUCAGAUGCUUCUGGAUUUAUGAGCUGUUUUAUGGGCUUACUUGCUUUCAUUUAAGGUUUGACUUACUUAUCAGCAGAAAUAAGUUGUGAACAGGAAAACAUUGUGACCAGCUGUUUAGAAUUUGAGCUGGAAAAAGGAGAUUUUUCACGGAGUUCAGGAAGCCAAGUUGUACUUCACAGGUAGUGAGGAGACUGGUAGAGCAGUGUGUGUACCAUACUUGAUUCCUCUUAUGCUAUUCUGCUUCAGGACAUAACUCAAUCAGUUUGAGAAGUUUUAUAUUAAUAAAGUCCUAGAAGAUGUGGGUGCAACAAAAUACAUUACUGUCAUUGAUAGACAGGGCCGAUAUAAGUCAAUGAUUUAAAAAUAAAUAUAUAUAUAUAUAUAUAUAUAUAUAUAUAAUUUUUUUUUUUUUAUUUAUUUUUUUUAUGAAAUGCUUUUUGAGGAAAAAAAUCUAGAUAGUUUUCUAUUUGAGAUACAUUUUAUGGUCCAAAGGUUAUCAUCAUUGUGAAAUUGGGAUUUGUUUUUAGUUAUGUACAUUAAAACUGUAUAUUCAUGUAGUGUUACGUCCAAUUUGUUUGGUACAUUAAGUCUAAUAAUCCAUUGGUCAAUGUCAUGCUUUCACAAAUAUUUUGGACAGUUUUUCUAUCAUAAAUCUAUUAUUACAGACACUUGGACUUUGCAUUCUCAAAACUGUGCAUUUGUGUCAGCAGAGAUAGCAUAUCUCUUCUUCACAACAAAUAUGUUAUAAAAUACAUUUUGCUGAGUUUAGAAAAAUACCUUGUAAUAAUCACAUUAAACACAAAUAAUAAAAGUAAUUGCAGUAUUCUAAAAAUGAAACCUUUUCAUCGGGUUGUAAAUAUUAAGAGUUUAACAACCAGCAAAAUUAGUCUUUACAUAGAAAAAACAAGAUUUAAAUUCAGUCUUAUUGACUAAUAAUUUAAAUUGUCAUUUAAAUCAAAUUCAGUCUGGCAAACCAAAUGUCAUGGUUUUGUUCUUGAGGGAAUCCAAUCUUGCAUGCUGUGUCACUAAGCCCUGAAAUUGUAUGGCAUUUUUUUUUUUUCAAAGUCUACUUAGGCCUUCAAUUUGUAAUUCCCCAGUUGCAUAACAGCAGGUCUUGGUUUAAUGUAUUAUCCUGUUAUCCUUAAAAUUGUUGGCUUUUGGCAUGUCUGAUGUGGAAAAGUUCUUUUAAGCAUAAUGAAAGCAUUAUGUAAAACAAUAUGGUAACAAGUAGUAAUUAGCUUUGUUUAAAUGAGAACUGUACAUUUGUAACAUCUGCAUUAUUAAAAAUCACCACCUUUAACUUGUAUUAACAUUUUUUUCAUUACAAAAUAAAAAUUUUAAUUCUAAUUUUUAUUAAACAUUUAGCAAAUUACAUCAUAACCCAGUUCAGACAAGACUUUUCUAUGCUGACUAUCAGUUACAGAGGACAGGCCUUAUAAAAAUGAUUAAUUUUAUUUUUCACACCUCACUAAUACAUAUUUGUUAAAAGGACAGAAAAGCAAACACCUUGUAUAAAAAUUCUGUAAAGUGACAAUCUCCCUUAAAAGAAUGUGUGUAAAUCCUAAAGGGACACCAUAGGCAACAAAACCAAUUUAGCUUAAAGAAGCAGUAUAGUGUCAGGAAUAUAAACAUGUAUUCCUGACACUAUAGGUCUAAUAGCACCAUUUAGGUGGCCAACCCCCUUUUUCCUCGUUAAAAAGGUAUUUCACUCAUUGUUUUUCCAGCGCUGCAAGUCUCCACCACAAGCUCCAGCUCCUUGACUGAAAUCAUGCUCUAUACAUCAAAACUGCUUCAUUAAAGGAUCAUUAUAGUGCCCUGAGGGUGCCCCCACCCUCAAGGUCCCCUUCCCGCCGGGCUGGAUGGAGAGGAAGGGGUUAAACUUACCUCUUUUUCCAGCGCCGGGCGGGGAGCUCUCCUCCUCCUCCUCUCCUCUCUCCUCUCCUCCUCUUUGGCUGAAUGCGCAUGCGCGGCAAGAGCUGCGCGCGCAUUCAGCCAGUCCAUAGGAAAGCAUUCACAAUGCUUUCCUAUGGACGCUGGCGUCUUCUCACUGUGAUUUUCACAGUGAGAAAGGCGGAAGCCCUCUAGCGGCUGUCAAUGAGACAGCCACUAGAGGCUGUAUUAACCCUAACAUAAACAUAGCAGUUUAUAGAAAAAACUGCUAUGUUUAUAGAAAAAAGGGUUAACCCUAGAUGGACCAGGCACCCAGACCACCUCAUUAAGCUGAAGUAUCUGGGUGCCUAUAGUGAUCCUUUAAGCUAGAGUUGUCUUGGUGCUUGUAGUGUCCCUUUAAUAAAGAGACAUAGGAUGAAUGCUAUUUACGCAGAUGUUUUUCAAUGGUUGCAAAGGAAAUUGUUGUGCAAAUUAAAAUUAUUGGGUUCAUGGAUACUAAUAGGACAGGAAAAACCAAACACCUAAGCACUAUUGCCUCAGUGUUGGUCUAGUGAAUAUAAAAUACUUCGAGAAAUUCAAAACUACACGUCAAUUAAUGGUACAUGGCUGUUUUCACUUUAUAUUUUAUUGGGAGAUGCCAUAAGUGCUGUGGAUUUUCUACUCAAUGACCAUGAUGUUUGUUCCAGUUGUACUAUUGAAAGCAGCCAAUUCGAAUAUUGCUUUGACUUAAAAUGAGCCACUUAGUGUGUUCGUAUGUGUAUUUUCUUACAUGGCAUUUUGCAGGAAGAUAUGCAGACACUUAAAUAUUGUAUGUUCUCAAUCUGCUAUUUCAAGUAGAAGUUACUGAUAGUAGGGUAUUACUGACUCAUUAAAGAUAGCUUAUGGCACAUUUUAGUUCCACCCCCCUUGUACAUGUGUUUUCUUACAUGGAAUUUUGCAGCACUGGUACUUACUACUUAAAGCUGUAUUUUCCUCCACUCCACAGGACUGGCAGACAUGAGGGUGAAGUUUUAGACACUCAGGCUAAAAGUUCAGUAACCCCCUACAAAUUCCCUGGUAUUUGUCUAUCCUUUUAUUUGUUUGACAGAAAGUUGACAGGAUUUGUUUUAUUUUGUGCAGUGAUGUGGUGGCCUUUGUUCUGAGGGCAAUGGCCACCAAUUUUCUAUUUGUGACUGUUGUUCUCUGUCUGAAGCUGCCUUAAUUUUAUUGAAAAAAAUUAAAGUCGCACCUAGUGUGUGGUUUAUGUCUACCCAGGCAACAGCAUGUAAAAUAAUCGUAAAAUUAGUUCUGCAAAAUUAAUUAGAUCUUUCCCUGCGUCAAAUGGAUCUCCUUUGUACUUGAGAAAAGUAAGCUGCUAUAGUAAUCAAUUUAUUGUGGGUGGUUUCCUAAGCUAUGUCUACAGAUAAACUAUUUUGACCUAAAAUUUGAAAUUCACUUAAUUUGAAUUUCCUUACCGUUCACACUUUAGUGACUAAUCCUGGCUGAAUUCUUGUAAAAGUGUCAUAGAAUACCUUAAUAUAAAUGGUCAAACGUAGCAGUGGUACUUAUUGGUGUGCAAUAAUCCAUGGGAAAAUAGAUAUAUUUAUUUGAGGUUGACCGUCUCAAGUGCUGCCAUUUCCUUCCGGAGUACUUUCUUGCAUCUUUCUUGAGCCUUCACCAUUGUUUUUCUCGCAUGCAUGUUUGAGAGUGCAAAACACUCUUGAAAAUCCCAUAAGAUCGCCCAGUCCAUUAUGUGUUGGUAACAAGACCCCAUGCGACUUGAGGAUGGAAGGUAUUUUAGCCAAUGACAAAACAGAAAAGAUUUGACAUCCUUUUAUUUAAGUUUGUAAUUUAAGUGGCAAUAUGCACUGGCACUGUAUACGUGCGGGGAAAAAAACAAACUUUUGUUAACAUGCACAUUCUCAUUUCCUCAUUAUCAAUGACAGUAUUAACUUUUUUCCAGUAAUUUAUUAACUUAUCUUGGUGUCUUAAGUUUUGUUUUCAUCAUAAACGGCUAGUUUGUCUGUUUACUGAAUUUGUAAGCCAAUUUAGUGUCCUAAAUUUAUGUGAACUCACACUCAACUUUCCCUUUCCUGGCUACCCAAAAAAAAAACAAAAGGCCCAUUUUCAAAUACGGGCACUGAUACAUUUGAAGAAAAAAAGUAUCUAAAAUCUUGUUGUUUUUGAUUCCUGAAUACAUUGUUUAAACAUUCUUUUUAUUCCCACAGAUCUUGCAAAGCUACUCACUGAUAAGGGUUAAGCGGGACAUCGAUGUUCUGAUUUGUGGAAUCUCAACUUAAUGGAGGAAUCUGAUUGAAAUAUCCCAUUCUAACUUGGGGAUGCGUAUAUAUAGUCUGAGCUCACUUUGCAGCAAACGCGCAAUACAGCCUCCCACCUAGCUCAUGAUCCACAUUAGCACACCAAAUGUACAGAAAUGUGUGUAUAGGAUAUAAAAAUGAUUUAGCCAUUUAAAAGAGAGCAAAAAGAAUGAGAGAUGUAUUUAUUUGUCUUUGACGUGAGGCGUGUUUUAUUUUCUUAAUGGUUUUAUUGUUACAAACACUGUUUAAUCUCUUCAUAGUUUAGAUGGGGUGUGCAAAUAUUUUUCUCCUUCUCUUCCAUUUACAAAACUGAAAUACGUGCAUAUUGCUCAUGUUGAAACUUGUCAUUGGAUACCUAUACCCUCCCGCAAUUGUGUGGAAAGGUUAACGUGUAACUAAGCAUAUUAAUUAUAUUCAAAGUCAGGCAGACAUUGUAGUCAUCCUUUUCUAUUACAUGAGCACGAUAUAUGCAUAACACUACACAGCUAACAAGGCAUCAAAUUCUUGAAGCAGGCACCAGAAUUUAUUUUAUGUUAAGGGCCAGUAAUAAAGUUGCCUGAAUGCUUAUAUCUUUUUGCACUGACAUUGCCAAGCUUGUACAAAUGCAUUUUUACAUUUGACUUCCUCUAUCUCUUCCAAUCCUCAAAAUGGCACCAGCAUUUCUACAUUUGACAACUAACGUUUCCUAUAACACUGCCAGCUACAACCUGUCAGACUGAAGUUAUGACCGCUUCUCUAAAACUAUUCACAAAUGUUGCACAGCAAGUGGCUUUGGGACCAGAACAUGCCAAUUUGCUCCAUUAUUUUUAUAUAAGAGAACAAAUCACGUGCCAGCCAGUGUUUUUAGCUGGUCUACAUAUCUUCUUGCUCCGACCACUUGAGGACCUUGCUGUUUAACUUUGCCCUCUAUAGAAGUCUGUUCUUCAGUAUUGUCGUAGAAAAACACUUUUGCAGACUAAAAGAUAAUGCAAACCUACAAUCGCUACAUUCUCUUUGUGUCAUGCGUAUUAAUUUAAGUUCUACUUUUGUAAUGAAAGUAACUUUUUAAAAAAAAAAACAUGCAACAAGGUAUCAAUCUGUCUACCAGUUUACAAUGUGUAUCGUGUUAACAGCCAAAAACAUGCAUAUCAAGUUAUUGUUAUGCUUACAUUGCCAAUGUUCACACACUGCUAUGACUAACUUUCCAGGUUGCAGCUGUUGGUUCUGUGGACCUUGGAAUGCUGGUGUUGGUUGAUUAGACUAAUGGAAAAGAAUUAGUACCUACCCUUUGCACUGUAUGGACUGGUUAUUCACAGCUCACCUAGCUGUGUGUUUUCCUGUAUAGGAAAUUUUCAGCAUCCUUUCUGACUUUUUUAAUAUUUAAAAAAAGAACUCAUCCUCCAUUUUAUUGACUGUAUACAUGAUUAAUGUAUUGUUAACAAAAGCUAAAUCCAAGAUUUGAGAGUAUUCUUUAAAAGAAUUGUCAUAACAUUCAUAUCCUGCAUUUUUAUCGUCACUGAUGGUUGUCUAAAAUAUAUAUAUUUGUCCAGCUUUAUGUACGUGGAAUAGCUCUCUCUAUGCAUAAUAGCUUAUAAGGGUGUAUGUAUCUGUAAUGAAAUAUCUCUCAUUUAAUGAUAUUUUUGGAGGGGGCAGUGGGAAAUAAUAUUCUGAUAUUAAAUAAGUUUAAAGAAACAUUAGUUCUUUUAUUUUCCUACCUGCUGCUGUUUUAGCUUUUGCUAUAAAAUCCCCAGAAAAAUAAACAAGACAAUCUAAUGAAAAUUGUAAAAUCUACAGAAGUAUGGCUUUUUGUUUUUUUUCUUUUUCUUUUAUUGUGAAAUCAAUGCAGGUCAUCUAUAUAAUUGAGUAAAUACUGAAUACCAAAUACUGAAGAAUCCUACAUCCAAGUUUACAUGAAAGAAAGUUAAAGGGAGCUGUAACGUCAGUGGAAAAUCACUUAUAAUUGCAUUAACCUUUUUUUUUUUUAUGAGAUGCACUGUGUUUUUUUUUUUAAUUUGUGUUUAAAGAUUUAGCAAGUGACAUCACAAUCCAAUCCAGUUCAGUUCAGGCACAGCCAUGACACUCAUUGCAAAUGAGGAGGAGAAACAUAAAUAUUGUUUCAUUUCUCCUUUUCUCAGUAUGUUUACUCUAUGCCGACUGCCACUUUGAGCAUCACAAUUGAGGGGGUGGCGGGUGAAUCACUAUUACUACCAUAAUCAAAACAUUUUUAUUUCAUAUGGUUUAUGUGUCCACUCUUAAAAGAAACAAGCAAAUGGUUCUGCAGCGCUGUUUUACACAUUACACAGUUAAAUAUAUUUUGAAUGGGAACCGUCACUUUCCAGGAAUUUUUCUUUUUCAUGUUAUGUUUACGUGUCCC